GGGCUGAUGGCGAGCCGGAUGAUGUGUCUCAAGAUAGUGGGAGCGACGCCAGGGGUGGGGAUGCCGAUGAGGCAGUGUACGUUAUUGAUGCGGUCCCCCUGAAUGAGCGUCCCGCUGAUUAUGAUUCCGGAGAGGAAGCCGAAUCCGGUUCUGAUAUGGAGGUGUAUGAUCUGGGCAUCCCCACGGAUAUGGAGCGUCACAUCUGCCCGAUUAGGAGCGCCCUUGACCACGACCAAGUCCUCUCCCGUGUGGCCCUCAAUAAAAUCCGCACCUUCCUUCCUCCGCCGUUCGUCUGGAGUGUGAGAGGCGCUGAGCAUGUGAUGAGGAGACGUCCGGGGAUGAUCAUGCUCCACCUGGAUUCUGUUGAAGCCGGGCUGCGGUUUCCACUUCAUGCGUUUUAUGUGGAGUUCUUCCACUGCUUCCAGGUGGCUCCGGCGCAAUUCAUGCCAAAUUCUUACAGAUUCAUAUCGGCCUUCUUGGUGCGCUGCAAACUUGCGGGGGUCGAUGCCACCUUGGAGCUCUUCCAUUAUUUCUACCGCGUCACUCCUCAGAAUGCCGACGGGUAUCUGAGCGUGGCCGCACGUCCUGGGAGGCGGCUGUUCAAGAACUACCCCUCGUCCAUCCACGACUGGAAGAACCGCUUCUUCUUCCUCCGAUACGACGGGCCUCCUCUCCCUCUCCGGUGGAAUGGGUAUCCCCCAAAGAUUGAGUCACCGGAGCCGACCGGCGAUCUGCUUUUGGAUGCGGAGAAGGUGUUGGAGGGUGGCGUCCGUCCCAUAGCCGGAUUUUUGACCUUCGAGGCACUCUCUGGGGCAGGCAUAGGUACCGCCCGUGUUCCUGGACUUUUUCUACCCUUCGACGCUCGUCUCGGGGCCCGGGCGGUCCUGUCCUUCGAGGUGAGUGUCUUAUUCUACUUCCCGCUCGGCUUCUAAUCCUUGUUGUUUCUUGCAGGUCCACCGCCCGAUAGAGACCAAAUGAACCACGCCGAGUGUCUGAAGACCAGGAAAGCCAAGGCGGCCGCGGCUAAAGCUGCGAUGGCGAAAGCCAAAAACACCCCUGCCUCGGAGUCCAACUCCUCGGCCUCUGAUGCUGCCAGGCGAACCGCCGAGGGUGAGCAACAUUUAAUCGCCACUAUGCUGGCCCAGGGUUCCGGGGCCCCUGCUCUCGAAGCCGCCCUUCCGCCGCCGGUCGUCCCCACGAAGACGGCUCCUCAGAAGGGGACAGAGAAGGUCCCUGAGAAGAAACAAAAGCGGGGCCGCGAGGCAGGCUCCACUGGCCCCCUGUUUGAAGAUGCCGGGUCCCUGCCUUUGAGCCGCCCGGCGGAAGAACUUUGGAGGGAGAUGGCCCUCAAGGCCGGUCUCGAGCUGCCCCGCCGUUCGUCGUCCGAGGCGACAAGCGCUGCGCUGGCAGCCGCUCUUCAGGUAAUUCCUCCCUGCUAGAUCUGAGCACAUAUAUUUUUUCCCUGACGUUCAUCCCUAAUCAUUCUUCCCUUCUGUCAUCCAGUCGGGGCUCCUAGUCCUUCAGGCUGAAGCUGCCAGGGAGGCCGAUCUGAAGGAGGCCGAGGCUAAAGCUGAUGCGGCCGUCGCUGCGGCACGGGAGGCCGCCCGUCGAGCUGAGGCGGAGGCCGCAGCCAAGGGGAGGGAGAUUGCCGCCCUGCAGGCUGAGUCUCACAGCCAGUUGGCCGGCCUUGAAAGAGCCGGUUUUAAGCUUGUUCCGGUGCUCCCUGCCGCCAAGGAUGCCACUCCGGAGUGGUUGGUUGACACCUCCGGCUAUCGGAACACUGGGGAGUUUAUGGACUCCGCCAAGGACUACUGCGCCGGGGUCUUCGCCGAUUUGUUCGCCGCAGCUCUGGAGAAGAUUCCGCCCCGCCAGCGCCUGGCCCGCGGCGUCCGGAUCCUUGAGGGCUCUCCCCUGUCUCGCAAGUUCCUAUAUGAGGUCGGCGACAGCACCUUCGCCGCCGGCUACAAUGAAGGGGUAAAGGCCACCCUACCCACAUUCGCCAAGCUGCUGGAGCCCGAUUUUGACUUGGCGGCCAACACGGAUGACGAUCUCCUAAUCCAGGCGCUAGGGAAACUGAGGAGGGAUCAGCGCCGGGAGGAGGCCAAGGCCAGGGGGGAGAUUCCAGAGCCGCCGACCCCCGAGCCUGAGGAAGAGGAGGAGGAGCCGAACAAGGGCAGCAGCCGCCCAGGGUCCCCUUUCUUUGUAUAAUGUCAUUUACAUUUUUCCAUUCCAGCUAUUGUAAUGUCCGGCCGUAAGUGCCGAGGAAUACAGACGUCUUUUUGUCCACAAUUGUUCUAUGUUCAUGAUUUCUGCCUUGUUAUUUUCAUUCCCUUUGUCCUUCGUUGUAUGGAAAACCCUUUCGGCGGCCCGACACGCCUUGUAGCAAGGUCAGAGUCCGAGAGGGCGUUCGUAUCUGACCUCUACUUGUUUCCAGGCAAAAAGCGUCCCGAAGUCAAACAUCCGUACGUACUCAACGUGUUCUGACAAUGGAGCGACGCUCGUCAGCGGUUUAUGGUGCAUGCUCGAAGUGUAGACAUAGGAACGUAUUUCUCAGCACCAGCACUUGAUAACGAUGUCCGUCCGUCGUCGCGUGAUAUGAACAUUCAAAGCGCGGGACGUUCGUCUGUUCUGCGUGUUCAUCUGUCAUGAAGUGUGGAAAGGCGACGUUCAUCCUCCGUGCACCGCUAAUGGACGUGAUUCUUCCUCCAUCCUUUUUGUGUCCAUUGUUUGUAGUAUAAGGAAUCAUUCCGGCGCCUCGACACAUCUUUACCGCCCACGCGGUAUCUUGACAAUGGGAAGACGUUCGUCGGUAGCUGUCUUGUCAGUAUGCGUCUCGAGUAUGGACGUACGGGUGUAUUUCACUGAAACAGCGCUUGGUGACGACGCUCGUCUACAGUUGCGUGACGUGAAAACUGGAGUACCGCAAGACGGACGUAGCCGGUUGAUGCGUGUGCCCUCAUCAGCCGCCAACGCUAGGGUCAGCCGGGGGAUUACGGAAGCAAUGGAAGGCGAAUGUCUCCAAAUUCCUCGGAGCCGGUGAGCCCUCCUCAAGGGACGUCCGUGGCACGGACCCGGAUGUCUUGUGAUGGUUAUGCGGCGACAAAAUCGAGACGCCUUAAAUACCGUGGUAGGUAGCGGUACCCAGGUGCCGCGUGUCCCGCUUCGGUUGGGGCAAUUCUGCGGUGUUGCCUAUAAAUACCCAGGGCCCAAGUGAUCCACUCACAUUUCUCCUUACGCUGCUCAAUUGUUUUCUCUCUCUAGAUUUCUCAAAUACCAAGAUCGGAAAUCUCGAACCCCAAAGGUACCGUUCGUUGACAUGUCUUCCGAAAGUCGCUUUGACGAUGGAUGUUCUUCCGGUGAUGACCUGGAGUAUUAUGAGCGGGGAAUGCCACCCCGGCCUCCCCGUUACAGCCUUAACUUCUCAUGCGUCCGGUGACGUGCACUUUGUCGCGGUGUGCACUCAAAAUAAUAAUACAAUACAACAAUUAUACGUAGUAUAAUGAAGUAAGGUUCGUAUCCACAGGGAAAGGAAUACUUCUCUUUUUAUAACUAGUAAUAAGGGGGGUUUUUAGAUUUGUUCUUGAAGAACUUUUAAGAAUAUUAAAACACAAAGAUGAACGAGUUAUGUGGUUUAAUUAAUGAGAAGGAGACUUGGCUUUGCUUUUAUCCACUUAAUGAAAUGUUCGUCGAUCCCGGUUAUAUCUUUAACUAUCUUCCUCUCGAAUACUCAAUCGAGGAGUAUAUCCAGUUCAUCGAGGGUAGUUAUUAAUAACGAGACGCGUUCAUUAAUAAAACUUACUACCGAGUCAAUAUAGAACAAGCGUCGUAUAUUAACUCGAUAGUAGCAAUAAAAUCAAGAUGAAAACGAUUGAGAUUGAUAACCUCAACACAAGCGGUUUAUUGGUUUAAUCAAUAUAAUUAAUUCCCCUUGGUUUAUUAACCAUGAGAAGCAUGCAUUAAUAACCCAAGUUUACUACUAUUGAAAGAACCGAAUUAAUAACAAGCGUAUUAACCGAUUGAUUCUAGUAAUAAUUAAUAUAUGAAACAAAACUAGUUGAUCCUUUAAGUAAUGUUCAAAAUAUUAAUAUGAAAUAUGAAUAGGAAUUAAUUAAUAUUCAAGGAAGAAUAUUAAAGAAGAUGAAUCCUACUAUAGUUAAUAUCAAGAUGUUAACUAAUUGUCAUCUUAGUAACACUCCCCAAUAUUAACAUAGAGGAAGAAAUAGCUAUUACUAUAAUUAAUGUCAAGAUGUUAACUAAUUGUCAUCUUAGUAACACUCCCCAACAUUGAUAUAGAAAUAGUAUUUAAAGGAAGAAUUAAUAUUCAAGGAAGAAGAUUAAAGGGAAUAACUCACAACUUACAAUUUCAUUAAGCUUCAAAGUAGCAAAACCAAGAUGGAAGAGUUUAGCUCCUCAUUUGGAGACUAAACAUGCUAUAAAAAUAUAAAAGAAAUACUAUUCUAAACUGAGCUUAAGAGUAUGGAAGAAGGGAUGUUUAAAAGUGAAGGAAAAUGGGGUUAUUUAUAGGUGUUUUCAACACCUAAUGCCGGAUACCCGGCCGGGUAUUUUCUAUACCCGACCGGGUAUUUGUCAAAUCAAAUCUUUUUCCCAUGUUCUGGUGUUCUUCUGCACGUUCGUUUGCCCGAAAUCACUUCAUACCCGACCGGGUAUAGGGAAUACCCGACCGGGUAUUUGCUAAUUUCGUAGCAACUUCCUUUGUCACUUCAUACCCGGCCGGGUAAAGUCCAUACCCGACCGGGUUUUACAUAAAACUCGGGUUUUUCCAUCCUUCUUGCUUCCAAAACUAUCCUAAACUUAUAGCUCAACUAACUAUAACUUACAACAAACAAUAAAAUGCUAAAAAUACGAUUACAAUCAAAUGUAAACUAACGACUACAAACUUGCAUAAUACUAGUAAAUAAAUAUUACAAACGAUAAUAAAAAUGUACACUUUAGGCACUAACAACUAGUGCCUAUCAAACAUCCCCACACUUGAACUUUUACUCGUCUCGAGUAAAACAAAUCCUGUCCAUGAAGUUUCCGAACCAACAAUAGUAGCAAUCACAACCAUUCACAAGUGUUUUUUGAAAAUCAACAUAAAAAUGUUUCAAUGAUCAAAAACACAUAAAAAGGUCUUCAACACCAUUAGAUUUCUCUUCUUUUGCUUCCUCAUGUAUAUGCCCUUAGGAUCCUGCAAAGAUAAAAGAAAAUACUUUCUCUCAUUCUCUCAUUUUGCCUAGGUGCCCUUUCGGGUUUUCAUCCCAGCUUCCCACAUUUCCCUUUUUUAUUCUCACCAACUCACUCUUCUUUUUGCUUUUGUUUUGCUUAAGUUGCCCUUUUGGGUUUUCAACCUAACAAGCUUUGUUUUGUGUUUUUUUUUUUUUUGUUUUUUUUUUUUUUAAAGGAAAGAAUAAAGAGUAUGAAAUGGGAGUGUACCAGAAUAGUUCUCCCCCCCAGCUAGUUCAUGGCACUGUCCCUAGUGCCCGCCAGCAUCUCCUCCAUCAAAGAAUCCACCCUGGCCAUAAUAUCUGUCAUGAAAACCACCCGCAUAUGGAUACUCAUCGUCGUUUGUGUCUGAGCCGCCGCCGUAUCCGCCAUCACCGCCUCCCCCACCUGAGGUCGAUCCACCAAAAGUACCCCAUGCUGUGGGGUCAUACCAAGAGGGUGGUGGGGGAGGGGUGGCCAUAGAAGAAAAGGAACCUUGAUGUGCAAUGUAAGAGUAUAUAGGGCCGUAGGUCAUCCUGUGAUCCUCUUCAUACCUCCGACGGUCGUUGUCGUAUUGCUGCCGCUGAUCUUGUAUUUGCUCCUCCAAUCGCUCUAUACUCUGCCUGUGCUCAGUGCGAAACAGUCCAAAUUCCUCCCGAAAUUGGGUGUAGUUGAGGUUUAGGGCACUCAUGCUGUGGAGCAUCUGUUGCUCAAAUGAACUAUAUUGAGGGUGUUGGGGGUCGGCUUGUGGUUGGUCUUGUGGUGGGCUGGGGAUGGGUGGGGGAUCAAGUUGAGGGAUUUCAUUAAGAUAGUGGUCAGGGGUGGUUCCGGGUAAGCAAAGGUGUCUCCUAUCCCCGAGUUGAUGGUUAAAAAUGUUGGGGAGUUCGUCGGAGGGGAUUGUAAAAACUUGUGUGGGUGAGGGGUGUAUGGUCCAAUGGUAAAAUGUCGUGGUCCCAAUAGUGUGGGAGUGACUCAAAUCAUGGGCAGUGAGCAGAAAGUCAAGAUUAAGGAAAUGCCAUGCUUCUACUUCUCUAUUCGCAUGAUAGCCAAAUUUAGUACAAAUAUGGUGUAUGUACCCUCCUAUGAAAAUUUCACCCAUAGCUUCACAUUGUGUUUUUAGAUGUUCCCAUAAACAUGAAGCAACAUCUAAUCUAGGAGCUUCUGGAAAGAUACCCAUAGCAAGAAUGGCCAAUUCACUAAUCCUUGUUUGAUGAUUAUUUGGCUUCCCAAAGAUAUUAUACCCAAACCAUUUUAGUGCAAUUCGAAGGGCAGGGUGUUGAACAUGUGUAACAUGCAUAUGUGAGGAUUUAAAGACUCUAACCCCUGUCAUUCUUCGCCACAAAUCAUGCACAAUUGUUUUAUCACUUCUUGCUUUUCUUUCCUCCACACCUAAAACUGGUAAACCAAAUAGCUCGGCAAACUCACGUUUCGUUAAGGUUCUUGGUAUGUUGUUAUACCGAAACGUGAGUUUGCUCUCAUAGGUGUCCUCAUCGUUAUCAGUAAAUUCAACAGAGGCUAGGAACUCAUACACAAUUCUUUUGUAGAUAUUAUAGGACAUAUUGAACAGUGUAGUAAGUCCUAUGUUGUUGCACAAUUCUAGCAUCAUAUCAUACAACAUCAAUGCUCUCAGUGCUUCAUGACAAAGAAAUCGGGUGGGAUAUACCUCUCGGUUGAGUUGGUUGAGGAAUUUCUUGUGAUGAGACCUAGAGGUGAAUUCGAUGCUCUCAUACCCCGGAACUCGUGGAAUUGGAGCAUUUGAGUUGGAGGAAGAUGCUCUAGUCCUUUUUGGAGCCAUGAUUUUCCCUUUGCUUGAGAUUAGUGAAGAAAUUUCGAGCUUGACUUGGAGAAGUACCAAAAAAUUCGGAUUUUUGGGUUUUGGGUGUUUUUGAGGGUGUGGAGGUGUAGAGGAUGAUGGAGAGAACAAGAAAUUGGGUUUAGAUUGGGAUAUUUCGAGCAAAAUCACACCUUAGGGGAUUUGGGUAGGGUUUUUCGGAUUUGGGGAUUUUGGGGGUUUGGGUGAUAUGGUGGGUGUAGAAAUGGAGGGGAUGAUGUGGGGAGGAAGAAUAUGGUGUUUAUUUAGGUUUUUGGUAGAGUAUGGAAGGUGUAUUGAAGCUUUUGGAGUGUGGCUAUGGAGGUUUGGGGUGGGAAGCUCGAGCUCAAUGAGGAAGAUAGGUUGAAUUUUUGGUUUGAUCGGGCUUUUGUUUUUGGGGAAAUCCCGUAAACCCGGCCGGGUAUUGGUUUUACCCGAGUGGGUUUCCAAGACAGACAGUAGCAGGGGCUUUUUAGCCGAAAAACCCGGUCGGGUUUUAGGAAUACCCGGUCGGGUUUUAUGAUUUUUUCAAUUCUUUCAGCUUCUUUACCCGGCUGGGUGUGUUGCCCGGGUAUUUUGUUUUUGUUCAAGGAACCCGACCGGGUGGCUAUGAUACCCGGCCGGGUUUCAGCCCAGUUUUCAUCUUUUUUUUUUUCUUUUUUUUUUUUUUUUUUUUUGAAAAGAAAUUUUCCCACAAUUUAAAUAAAAUAACAAUAAACAGAAUGCAAAAAUUGGGUUGCCUCCCAAGAAGCGCUUGAUUUAAUGUCGUGGCACGACGUUGUUUUUAUUUUAUUUUCUGUUUUAAGUGGGAUCGUGAGUAUCUCUUGUUUCAUUUUCAAAGGCCAUGUUGCGACACGUUUCAACUUUCUUUUUCGGCCUUUUCCAGUAAGGUCGAAUUUUCUUCCUUGUUACCACCUCAAUAGUAGGUGAUUUUCCUUUCAAAAUAGAUUUUUUUGGUUCUUCUUCAACAAAAAUAUUCAGUGUUGGUGGUUCAAAAACAUUUAAAGAACAGAGGGAUUGAUUUUUAAUUUGUUUUUUAGUAGAAUCAAAGAUGUUGAAUUCUACUUUUUGGUUAUCAAAUUCUAUUGUUAAUGAACCACUAGACACAUCAAUUUUUGUUUUGGCGGUUUUCAGAAAAGGCCUUCCCAAGAGAAUGGGUGUUGUUUGGUUAUCAUCCCCCAUUUCAAGAACAUAGAAAUCAACAGGGAAAACCAAAUUUUUUACUUCUACUAGCACAUCUUCUACUACACCCUUCGGGUAAGUAUUAGACCGAUCCGCCAGUUGAAUCACUACACCAGUUUGCUGUAGUGGGCCGAGUUGUAAGGAUUUAUACAAGGAAUAAGGAAUGACAUUUAUUGAUGCUCCUAAAUCCAACAAGGCCUUAGAAAAAUUGGUGUCCCCUAUUUUGCAAGGAAUGGUGAACAUGCCCGGGUCGCUACAUUUUUUGGGAAGUUUCUUUUGAAAAAUGGCCGAGACACGUUCACUAACCUCAACUUUUUGUUUCCCUUCCAGUUUAUUUUUCUUUUUCAUUGUGCAUAGUUCCUUUAAGAACUUUGCAUAACGGGGAACACUUUUGAUCAGUUUAAAGAGUGGGAUGUUUACCUCAGAAUCGGCGAAGGUCUCGUAGAGGUCCCAAUCAUUCUUCAGCUUUCUUGUGUCCUUCAGUGCUUCGGGGAAUGGAGGAAGUGGUUCAUAUGAUGAAAGUGGAGGGAGUUUUGCCUUUUUGAUUUCCUCCUCUGAAUGAGCUUCCCCUUCAUGAUCGACCACCUCAAUCUCUUGAUCGUCCUUUUCUACUUCCUUCAACAUAAUUGCAUUCACAUGUUGUCUCGGGUUUUGCUCCGUUUGAGAUGGGAGUUUACCUGAGUCCUUUGCUUCAAGUCGGCUUACGGCAUUUGAAAUUUGGCUAACUUGAGUUUCCAAAUUUUUAAUGCUUGACUUUGUCUCAUGUUGGAAUUGUAUCAUGGUUUGUUGAAAUUGUCCCAUGCUUUGUUGCAUGGUGACCAUGUUUGAAGUCAAAGCUCGUAUCAUGUCAUCAGUUGACAUAUUAGGUUGAGAGUUUGAGCCUUGAUUGUUAAAAGAUGAUUGAGAAGAUGGGUUGGAUUGUUGGGGGUUUCCAUACCUCAAGUUCGGAUGAUCCCUCAAUCCUUGGUUGUAAGAGUUGGAGAAUGGGUCGUACCUCCUUUGUUGAUGUCCUUGGAAACCCAAGGCAUUGACUUGCUCUAGAUUGUCUUCUUGAAGAGUUGGGCAUGAGUCCGUGGGGUGUCCCUGUUGUGUACAAAUGCCGCAGACCUUGACUUCUUGGGUCUUGGAUUUUAAGAGGAAAUCCUUAACCAAAGAAGUCAAGCCGGCAACUUGACUCUCCAGUGAUGAUGUUGAUUCUGCAGCGGCAACUCUACGAGUUGAGGAUCUGCGACCGAUUUGCCGUGAGUUCUCGGCCAAUUCCGAGAUAAGAUUUAUAGCUUGUGAAGGAGUUUUAUUAACAAUGCCGCCUCCACAAGCGGCGUUCACCAUUCUUCUAUCAUCAUCAACAAGACCAUCAUAAAAGUAUAAGAUGAGGUCUUGUUCUGAAUAGCCAUGAUAGGGACAGCUAGCACAUAACUUCUUAAAUCUCUCCCAAAAUUCAUAUAAGGAUUCAUCAUCCUUUUGCUCGAUGUUGCUUAUUUGCUUUUUGAGAGAAGAUGAGAUGGAAGCAGGAUAAUACCUAUCGAGGAAGCACUUCUUCAUUUGUGCCCAUGUGUUGAUGCUUCCCGAAGGAAGAUAGAAAAGCCAAUCCUUCGCGGUAUCUUUCAAGGAGAAUGGGAAGGCUCUCAGUUUUAUUUGCUCUUCUGUGGCACCGUUUGGGCACAUGCUUGUGCAAACGAUGUGGAACUCCGAAAGAUGUUUAUUCGGAUCUUCUCCUCUCAUGCCAUGGAAAGAUGGCAAUAAAUGUAUGAGCCCAGAUUUCAGCUCAAAUGUAUUACCUUCAUCAAGAGUAGGAAAGGUAAUACAUAAUGGUUGUUGAUUCAAGUUUGGAGCUGUGAGCUCCCUCAAGGUCCUUGUCUCGAGAGCCAUGUGGAAUGACACUUCGGGGUUUGUUUGGUAAGUAAGCUCGUUUAUAGAACGGGUUUUUACCAUAUACUCAUGCAAGCUCAGAAAUAGAAAAAGUAAGAACUCUUUAUAUUUUGUUUAUUUAAUUUUUUUGAUUUUUCUUGAAAUAAAAUAAAAAGAAAAAUAAUUGCCUUUCCCCGGCAACGGCGCCAAAUUUGACGUGCACUUUGUCGCGGUGUGCACUCAAAAUAAUAAUACAAUACAACAAUUAUACGUAGUAUAAUGAAGUAAGGUUCGUAUCCACAGGGAAAGGAAUACUUCUCUUUUUAUAACUAGUAAUAAGGGGGGUUUUUAGAUUUGUUCUUGAAGAACUUUUAAGAAUAUUAAAACACAAAGAUGAACGAGUUAUGUGGUUUAAUUAAUGAGAAGGAGACUUGGCUUUGCUUUUAUCCACUUAAUGAAAUGUUCGUCGAUCCCGGUUAUAUCUUUAACUAUCUUCCUCUCGAAUACUCAAUCGAGGAGUAUAUCCAGUUCAUCGAGGGUAGUUAUUAAUAACGAGACGCGUUCAUUAAUAAAACUUACUACCGAGUCAAUAUAGAACAAGCGUCGUAUAUUAACUCGAUAGUAGCAAUAAAAUCAAGAUGAAAACGAUUGAGAUUGAUAACCUCAACACAAGCGGUUUAUUGGUUUAAUCAAUAUAAUUAAUUCCCCUUGGUUUAUUAACCAUGAGAAGCAUGCAUUAAUAACCCAAGUUUACUACUAUUGAAAGAACCGAAUUAAUAACAAGCGUAUUAACCGAUUGAUUCUAGUAAUAAUUAAUAUAUGAAACAAAACUAGUUGAUCCUUUAAGUAAUGUUCAAAAUAUUAAUAUGAAAUAUGAAUAGGAAUUAAUUAAUAUUCAAGGAAGAAUAUUAAAGAAGAUGAAUCCUACUAUAGUUAAUAUCAAGAUGUUAACUAAUUGUCAUCUUAGUAACACUCCCCAAUAUUAACAUAGAGGAAGAAAUAGCUAUUACUAUAAUUAAUGUCAAGAUGUUAACUAAUUGUCAUCUUAGUAACACUCCCCAACAUUGAUAUAGAAAUAGUAUUUAAAGGAAGAAUUAAUAUUCAAGGAAGAAGAUUAAAGGGAAUAACUCACAACUUACAAUUUCAUUAAGCUUCAAAGUAGCAAAACCAAGAUGGAAGAGUUUAGCUCCUCAUUUGGAGACUAAACAUGCUAUAAAAAUAUAAAAGAAAUACUAUUCUAAACUGAGCUUAAGAGUAUGGAAGAAGGGAUGUUUAAAAGUGAAGGAAAAUGGGGUUAUUUAUAGGUGUUUUCAACACCUAAUGCCGGAUACCCGGCCGGGUAUUUUCUAUACCCGACCGGGUAUUUGUCAAAUCAAAUCUUUUUCCCAUGUUCUGGUGUUCUUCUGCACGUUCGUUUGCCCGAAAUCACUUCAUACCCGACCGGGUAUAGGGAAUACCCGACCGGGUAUUUGCUAAUUUCGUAGCAACUUCCUUUGUCACUUCAUACCCGGCCGGGUAAAGUCCAUACCCGACCGGGUUUUACAUAAAACUCGGGUUUUUCCAUCCUUCUUGCUUCCAAAUCUAUCCUAAACUUAUAGCUCAACUAACUAUAACUUACAACAAACAAUAAAAUGCUAAAAAUACGAUUACAAUCAAAUGUAAACUAACGACUACAAACUUGCAUAAUACUAGUAAAUAAAUAUUACAAACGAUAAUAAAAAUGUACACUUUAGGCACUAACAACUAGUGCCUAUCAACGUCAAGUUCAACGCCUGACGAACGCGGACAAGCGGCUGAUCAGCCAAUGGUUUUAUCCCCCAAGGACCUACGACGAUCGGCGUCUACGAAACCCCAUGCGCCACCUGCCCGGCUAUGUGGUGGUCCACCUAGAUUCGGUGAUAGCCGGGCUGAACUUCCCCCUGCACAGCUUCCACUUGGAACUUUUCAGGGCCCUUGAGUGUAAUACCCGAGAUUAAUAUAAGAGGAUUAAUAGUACUACUCAUACCAACAAGAUGCAUCUCCUUUUAAGGGAGCUCAUCCCCAAGAACUCCAAAGUUAAGCGUGCUUGCACGGGAGUAGUCUUGGGAUGGGUGACCCCCUGGGAAGUUUCUCAGGGCGCGCACGAGUGAGGACAAAGUGCGCGGUAAAGGCUUGUGGUGGUUUGUGAGGACAGUACUAUUGGUCCAAAGUAACUAUCUCGGGUCCGGUGGGGCCGGGGUGUUACAAAUGGUAUCAGAGCAACCCUGCGACAGUGUGCUGAUCCGUUGGAUAUCGGGCAGACACCUAGCAGGGGAAAAGUUUCUGGGAUUUGAUUGAGAUUGGUUUAAGGGCGCAACGAGGACGUUGCGAUCCUAAGUGGGGGUGAUUGUAAUACCCGAGAUUAAUAUAAGAGGAUUAAUAGUACUACUCAUACCAACAAGAUGCAUCUCCUUUUAAGGGAGCUCAUCCCCAAGAACUCCAAAGUUAAGCGUGCUUGCACGGGAGUAGUCUUGGGAUGGGUGACCCCCUGGGAAGUUUCUCAGGGCGCGCACGAGUGAGGACAAAGUGCGCGGUAAAGGCUUGUGGUGGUUUGUGAGGACAGUACUAUUGGUCCAAAGUAACUAUCUCGGGUCCGGUGGGGCCGGGGUGUUACAUUGAGAUUGUUCCUGCGCAGCUCGUCCCCGCCGCUUAUCGGAUAAUCGCUGGCUUCAUCAUUAGAUGCCACAGCGUCGGUGUGACCCCCACCGCGGACCUGCUGCACCACUUCUUUCGUCUGUCCACCUUCGGACGUACAGGGUAUUUGACCCUGACUGCCCGUCCGUCCAUGGUUCUGUUCUCGAACAACGCUGGGAACCCAGACGGUUGGGAAGAGCGCUUCUUCCUGGCCGGAGUAGGCUCACCGAUGCCAUUCUCUGAUCGGUGGAAUGCCUACCCUGUGAAGACGAUCCCGCCGCCCAUGACGGACGAGGAGCUUGGAUAUGCCAAGCGCAUAGCCGGACUUGGCAUCCAGAACCUCCGGUUGCUGGUGGCCGAGCCCUUCAAAGCUCAGGCUGGAUUAGGUGCGUCCGUUUGUACUUGUAUUGUUUUAACCUCUCUUCGCUGUUAUGGUUCUGAACGUCUUGAUCCCCUCUAUGCAGGAGUUUUCCCACCCACGUCCAUCAUGCGCCGAGAUAAUACCGCUCCGUCUGCCGCCGGUCGUGGGCACAAGGGGCAUGACAAGCCCGGGAAGCCGCUCGUCCCCAAGGUUGAAACUCGGGUGAUCAGGGCCCGGACUGAGGAUGAUUUGGGCGCCGGCGUCUCCAAGAGGCCGCGCGUCGAGGGUACAACCUCCAAGGCCAUCAUAGUAGCCGACGACUCUGAUGGUGAGCCCGGGAGCCCCCUUAAGCGGAAGCCUGUCUCUCGGGGCAAGUCCCGUCCUUCUCCCCCACGAACUUCUGAUGUUCGUCGUCUCCGGGAUGAUGAUGCCCAGGUCGCUAAGGGUUUUGACGAUGCUCGUCCUCCUUCGCCCCCACAAGCCAAUGGGUCCUCCCUUGGUUUGAUUGAGUUCUCCGGGGUUGGUCCGCGCAAGGAGUCAAUGAUGCUCUUUGGUCAAACAGCAUCCUCUAUAUGGUGCGGCCUGAAUCUCAAGGUCCCCCAGGACUUCGCUGCUCAGGAGGCACCCGAGGACCUUCUGGAGUGUGGUCAGAGCACUUUGGAUAAAGCCGGGCUCUACUUCCACAGGGCCCGGAUGGCCUUCGAGCAUCAAGGCAGGGAAAUGGCCAGGGUCCGGGCCGAAAGCGACGCCCUUCUGAGGAAUGCAAAAGGCAGGGCCGGCACUCUUCAAGAGAAAGCCGAUGCCUACGAUAAGCUCGUCCAGGAGAAUGCCUCUCAGAAGGAGCUCCUCAAGAAGCAGGAGGCCGAGCUCGUGGAUCUUCGCAGCCGGAUGUGGGCCGUGGAGCAGGCCAAGGUGGAACUCCGCCAGACGGGCGUGGACAACCAUGUCCCUAUUUAUGAGGCCGAUGUUGCCAAGAUCAAGGAGUCUGGUUCCAUUGCCUUUCAGAAAUCCAAGGCUUAUACUGGCGCCAUCCACACCAUGGCUAUGAAGUUCCUCCCGCGGCUCGUUGGCGAGUUCCUGGCCACCUGCCCGGAUGCCUACCAGGAUGGGGUUAAAUUGCUCCAGGCCACCCCCACCGGACGUCGUUUCCUUGACGAUCUCGCCGAUGACACCUACCGCAAAGGUAUGGUUGGGCUAGUAGUGGAGAAUCUCCCGACGUUCGAGCGUCACUUUGGGGCUCCCUUCGAUCCGGAGGCGGCUGGUUUUGACGUCUUGAUGGCAGACGCUCAUGCAGGGGCCCUCGAGCUGCUGAAGGAGCAGGCGGAAGCCAGAGCCAGUGAAGAAUGCAAGCAGGCUCUUUCCAAGGUUCCAGCUCCGGACGUCGAUCAGAAGUGAUUCUCCGUUCAUGACCUUGUACUUGUACAAUUUUUCCCAUUAUUUUCAUUGUCUUGUAAUCUCCCGGCCAAUAGUACCGAAGAAUAAAAGAAUCAUUCUUUGCUCCUUGCUCUUCCGGCUUUUUUUUUUUUUUUUUUUUUUUUUUUUUUGGAGUCUUUUAGUCUUCGUUCGUCCUUGGUCCCUGGUCCCACCGGCGUCCCUACUUCGAGGAGACGUUCGGUGUCCGCCGACAUCGCAAGGAUGAACGGGUUUAUCUACAUCGAGAUUCCCCUCUUUUCGUUCGUCCGUGGUCCUUUUAGCCUUACCGACGUCUCUUGCUUCGAAGAGGACGUUCGGUACCCAAGGACUCGCAGGGACGAACAGGUCUACCCUCACGGGUCCCCGACUUUGUUACCCCACGUCCAUCGAUCCAUGGUCAUUUGUGGGAUAAACAGGUUUAUCUUGGCAGGCUCCCUUGGUUCGUCUAGCCCCCUCCGCGUCUCUACUAACCUCUACACCGAGAGGCGUUCGUCUUCGGCGGUUGGAGAAGAUCUGGCACACCCGGGCAAGAUUCCCUUCUACAUAGGAGCUCCUCUCCUCUUCUCCCCAUUUUUUUUUUUGUUUUUUUUUUUUUUUUUUUUUUUUUUUUUUGGUGGAGGCAAUCCAUACUCUUCGUUCGUCCUUGGUCCCUGGUCCCGCCGGCGUCCCUACUUCGAGGAGACGUCCGGUGUCCGCCGACAUCGCAAGGAGGAACAGGUUUAUCUAUAUCGAGAUUCCCUGGUGCUUCGUCCGUCCUUGGUCCCUGGUCCCACCGGCGUCCCUACUUCGAGGAGACGUCCGGUGUCCGCCGACAUCACAAGGAGGAACAGGUUUAUCUACAUCGAGAUUCCCUGGUGCUUCGUUCGUCCUUGGUCCCUGGUCCCACCGGCGUCCCUACUUCGAGGAGACGUCCGGUGUCCGCCGACAUCGCAAGGAGGAACAGGUUUAUCUACCUCGAGAUUCCCUGGUGCUUCGUUCAUCCUUGGUCCCUGGUCCCACCGGCGUCCCUACUUCGUGGGGACGUUCGGUGUCCGCCGACAUCGCAAGGAUGAACAGGUUUAUCUACCUCGAGAUUCCCUGGUGCUUCGUUCAUCCUUGGUCCCUGGUCCCACCGGCGUCCCUACUUCGUGGGGACGUUCGGUGUCCGCCGACAUCGCAAGGAUGAACAGGUUUAUCUGCAUCGAGAUUCCCUUCUUUAUCGGUCGUUGGUGAGAACAGAAUUUCAGAAAAAACAGGGGCCUUAUUAUUGACGACGUCCGGCCAUUUUACAUGGUAGUGGGAAUAAUACAAGGACAACAGCCCCUAACUAUUGAUAGAACUUUCUCAAGUGCUCUACGUUCCAAAUCCCGGCAUGGUUCCCCUCCAUGGUGUGGAGGAGGAACGUCCCCUGGUUAUAUCUUCUGAUGAUCCGGUAAGGUCCUUCCCAGUUCUUCGCCAUUUUGCCGCCUUCGAGCGGUUUGCUCUUCUCUCUUUUCCUGAGUACGAGGUCCCCGGCCUCUAUUUCGCGGAAUUUCACGGCCUUGUUGAAGUAUCUCUGGGUGGCCCUGUGAUACUCUUCCAUGCGACGAGCCGCUAGGUCCCUCCGUUCCUCGAUGAAAUGGAGCUCUGCUCGUAGGUUAAUCUCGUUGUCCUCCGGCUGGAAGUGCUUGGUGCGAUGGGUAGGCACCAGUACCUCCGUCGGUACCUUAGCUUGGAAUCCGUAAGCCAAGGCAAAAGGGGUUUCCCCAGUCGCCGUUCUUGGCGUCGUCCUGUACGUCCACAAGACAUAAUUCAGCUGCUCCGGCCAGGUGGAGGUGUAGUCUUCCAACUUCUUCUUGAUCCCGUCCAUGAUGGUCCGGUUCAUGUUCUCCACUUGGCCGUUGGCCUGCGGGUAGGCCACCGAGGCCUUAGAGUGCCUGAUGCCCCACUUCGCCAAGUAUGCCUCAAAGCCUCUGCCGACGAACUGCCGACCGUUGUCUGUGAUGAUCUGCUCCGGGAUCCCGAAGCGGCAGAUGAUGUUCUGCCAGACGAACUUCUGGCACUGGAAUUCAGUGAUGGAGGCCAACGGUUCGGCCUCGACCCACUUUGUGAAAUAAUCAACCGCCACAAUGACAAAUUUCCUUCCACCAGCAGCCGUGGGCAGAGGGCCCAGCAGGUCUACGCCCCACCUAGCAAAAGGUAGCGCGAUGGUCAUUGGGGUGUAGAAACUCGCUGGGCGGCCAGGGACAGGUGCAUACUGCUGGCAUACUGCGCACUUCCGCGUGUGGUUGAAGCAAUCUUGCUGUAUGGUCGGCCAGUAAUAGCCCUGCAGGAUGAUUUUUCUGGCCAAGGUUCGGGGGCCCUGGUGGCUGGAGCAGAUCCCUUCAUGUAUUUCCUCGAUUACCGCCGCUGCUAGGCUCGGCGGGAGGCAUCUAAGGUAGGGUCCGCCGAACGUCUUUUUGUAAAGUUGCCCAUCAAUGAGUUCAAAGUUGGGGGCACGCCUCUUUACCCACGCAGCCCUUCCUGUACUGCCAUCAUCUUCAGGCUCAGGGAGUGUCCCAUCUCUGAGAUAAUCUGCUAUCUCCUUGGCCCAGUUAGGUUCGGCAACGGAGAUAACCUCCACCUGGAUGACGUCCGUUGCCGGUGCUGGGAGUACCUCCUGCCUAACGAAGCCUCUGAUGUGUCGGGGGAUGCUUGAUGCCGGGUCAUCAGCUGGGGGGUUGCUCAAUUUUGACAGAAUGUCCGCCUCUGCAUUCUCCACCCGCGAUACCUGCUCAAGCACCACCUGCUCAAAUUGUGCGGUCUGUUCCUCCGCCAGCUCUUUGUAGACCUUCAUUCUCUCUUCCCGGGUCUCAGCAGUGCCAUUCAUCUGGGUUACCACCAGCUGGCUGUCCAUUCUCACCUUCAGACGAGCUGCUCCGAGGGCUUUCGCGCAUUUCAGCCCUGCGAUAAGUGCCUCGUACUCAGCCUCGUUGUUGGUGACCUUGAACUCAAAUUUCAUAGAGUAGUAGGCUUUGAAACCCUCGGGAGAAGUGAUCACUGCCCCUCCGCCGCAGCCCCGCGCACUUGAGGCCCCAUCGGUGUACAUCUCCCACCAGUCGUCGAGGUCAUUGCUGCCGUGGGUUCCGUCCUCGGUGCGCGCGGUGCAUUCCGCAAUGAAGUCCGCCAGGGCCUGCCCUUUGAUCGUCGGCCUUGGCUUGAAAUCCACGUCAUACUGGCCGAUCAUCAAGGACCACUUCGUUAUCCUUCCGCUUGCCAUUGGGUUCCUGAGGACUGUGGCGAGAGGCUGCGUUGUGUAGAUAGUCACCGGGUGUGCUUGGAAAUACGGUGCCAGGCGCUUGAUGGAUGCAAUCAAGGCGAGGAUCGUCUUUUCCAUCAGUGUGUACCUCGUCUCGGGACCGUUCAGCGCCUUACUUACAAAGUAUAUUGGCCGCUGGACGCCUUCAGAUUCCUUCAGCAGCACGGCACUCACGGCCAGAUCGGCUACUGCCAAGUACAUGUAUAAUCUCUCCCCGGGGUCUGCCUUGGUGAGGACGAGCGGAGAGGAGAGAUAUACCUUGAAAUCUUCGAAGGCAGUUUGGCACUCCGGGGUCCAUUGAAAGGGAUUGGCCUUCUUCAUGAUCUGAAAAAAGGGAAUCGCCUUAUCAGCCAGCUUGGAUAAGAAUCUGCUCAGGGCCGCCAGACGCCCGGUGAGCCGCUGCACGUCUUUUAGGUUCUUCGGGGCUUCCAUGUCCAUAAUCGCCUUCACCUUCUCCGGGUUAGGCUCGAUCCCCCGCUCGCUCAUCAUGUAGCCGAGGAACUUGCCGCCCCUGACGGCGAAGGCGCACUUCUUCGGAUUGAGCCUCAUGCUGGCCUUCUCCAUGAUGCUGAAGACCCUCUCCAUGUCCUGGACAUGGUCCUCCUUUUUCUUGCUUUUGAUCAGGAUGUCAUCCACGUAAGCUUCCAUUGUCUUUCCAAGUACGUCUUUGAACAACAUCCCAAUCAUCCUCUGAAAAGUAGCCAUGGCGUUCCUCAGGCCGAAAGGCAUGACGAUGUAGCAGUACACGCCGUCCGCCGUAACGAAUGCCGUUUUUUCGGCAUCAUCGGGGUGCAUGAACACCUGAUGGUAGCCCCUGAAUGCGUCCAUGAAGCUGAGCAGCUCGCAGCCUGCUGUCUCAUCCACCAGCAGGUCGAUCCUCGGGACAGGGUAAGGGUCCAUCGGACAAGCUUUGUUGAGGUCCGAGUAAUCGACACACAUCCGCCAAGUGUCGCCCUUCGGGGCUAGAACCACGUUGGCCAACCACUCCACGUGGAUGACUGGCCGGAUAUGUUUGAUGCUGAGGAGAGUUGCUGUUUCCUUCCUGAUGAAAUCACGUCGGUCGGCCGCCAUAUAUCUCUUCUUCUGUUGUAUAGGCUUGGCAUCCGACCGCACGGCGAGUUUAUGGCAUAUGAGGUUGGGGUCGAUGCCCGGCAUGUCCUCCGGCCCUCUGGCGAACAAGAUCCUGAACCUCCGGAGGACGGCUAUGACCCCUGCCCUGAUUUCUGGCUCUAGAUCCGCACCAAUGGACACCUUCCUGUCCGUCGGAUCGUCGAGUUCAAUUUCCUCCAGCAGAGUUGCUGGUUCCAGAUGAGCGUCCAAGUCGGCCUGCUUGGCCUUUUCGGAGAUGCUGUUGACCCGAGCCUCCCGCUCGUUGAGCUUCUCCAUGGCCUUCGUGUAGCAGGCCCUGGCCAUAUGUGGGUCCGUACGUGCCACCCCCACUCCAGUGUCGGUGGGGAAUUUGAUGCACGAAUGUCGUACGGAGCAUAUGGCCCCCAAGUCUUCCAAGCCGGGUCGGCCCAAAAUGGCGUUGUGGGCGCACUUCAGGCGGACCACGAUGAACGUCAUGCUGACCCGGGCAGUGUGAGGGCCGUCGCCGACCUCUACCGGUAAAAUGAUGGUGCCCUCAGCGUCAAUGCAAUCCCCGGUGAAGCCGGACAGCGGGGUGCGUAGGGGGUGCAGCAUGUCCCUCCGGAGCCUCAUUCCUUCGAAAGCCUCCCAGUAGAGGACGUUCACACUGCUCCCGGUAUCAACGAGGACGCGAUGGACGAUAGCAUCGUUCACGUCCAUGCUGAUCACCAGCUCGUCUCUGUGCGGCGCCGGUGACAUUGGCAGGUCAGCGGGGCCGAAGGUAAUUGCCUCGGCUCUAUUGCGCUUGGUGGGGGGUGCUAAUACGGAACCCACAUAGAGUGACCUCUCAAAUUUUUUCCGCUCGGCGGGUGUAUCCCCUGUCUCAGCGCCCCCGAAGAUCACCUUGAUUUCCAAUUUCUUCUUCUUGCCCUUCGGGCCGAGGGAUCCUUCCGGACGUUUAUCUGCACUUCGAUAAUCCACGUCCUGAGGUUCUGCCUCGCGCCGAUCGUCGCGGCGCCAUGUCUUGUGCCUUGAGUUCGGCUUCUGCUGGCUGUUUUUGUUCAGCAGCUGGGUGAACUCGCCCAGGUACCCCUGACGGAUCAGCUCGUCGAUCGCUUUCUUUAAUUGGCUGCAAUUAUCCGUCAGGUGGCCGGUCCUCUGAUGGUAUUCACAGUAGGCCGAUUGGUCGUGCCCCAUAUGUUUAUUCAUAUCCUGGGGUUCCGUUAGGAGGCCCUUGUCCUUGAUGGCCUCAAAGAUUUGGCUCACUGGAUAGGCCAAUGGGACAUAGCGGUCGUCCGGCCGUGCUUGAGUAUCCCCGGACGGAGCCUUCCAGGGGACCAUCGCCCCGUCUGUCCUCUUCUUUUUGUUUGGGGGGGAGGGCCCGGGUCCCGGCCCGGGCCCGAGCCUGUCCGCCAUCUUCCGUGGGUGGGCCGCGGGAACUCCGUCCCGCUGCCUGAUCUCCUCCUCAAUGGAGGCAUACUUCUGGGCCCGAGCAAGAACCUCGGUGUAGCUGGUGCCGGGGUUCCUCCUUAGGUCCCGGUAUAGAUCCCCUGUGGCCAGCGCACUGGUGAACAUGUUGGUGGCCAGACGUUCGUCCAGAUCGUCGACCUGUAGGACCUCGUCCCUCCACCUUACCAGGAACCUAGCCAGCGGUUCGUCCCGCCCUUGUUUGAUGUGGGCGAGAGCCGUGACGUCCUUCCUGGGGGUGGUGCUGGCAGCAAAUUGCGCCAUGAACGGUUGGGAGAGCUGUUCGUAUGAGUCGAUGGUGCCUGGCCUCAACUGGCCGAACCAUUCUUGCGCCGGCCCCCUGAGGGUGCUGAAGAACAAUCUGCAGAUGGCCUCGUCUGAUGCUCCCAGCAUGGACAGGUUCCCUUGGUAGCUUAUCAGAUGGGCCUUGGGAUCGCCAGCCCCAUUGUACACCAAGUUGCCCGGGGGCCUGCAGUCCCGGGGAAUCUCGACGCUCAUCACCCGUGGAGUAAAGGGAGAUGUGAGGGAGAAAGAGGGUGUGGCCGAGCCAACGUCCGCCCGCCUAUUCAUCUCGGCUAUCUGCCUUUCCAUGGCCUCCAACCUUGCCUCCUGUGCGGCCCUUCCGGGGGACACAGGGGGCGCGGCUUCGGGGACGGCAUUGUGCUGAGCGGCCACAGCAUCGUGCGGCCGCCUAAAAAUCUGCGCACCUCGCCGUUGGAAACGUCGUCCAACGGUGUUGAUCCUCGGGGUCUCGUCUCCCCGCGGGAUUUGGCGGGGGACUGAUGGUGUGUGAGCUCUGGAUGCAGCGAUGCUGACUCUGGUUCGCCCUCCCGUUCCACGGGAGCCUGAACCCCCACCUAGCCGCUCGUGGACUGAGGGUCGGUGGUCGCUGGAUCCUGUCGUAUCGUCAUACGACUGCAUGCGGCGUAUGGGAGAGAGGGGCGUUCGCUGGGUACUCGUAGAGUACACCCGGUCUCGGGCCUCCCGCUCGUCUGCCAAGCGACGCAUAGUGUCUGCGAGUUCCCGCAUGAGGCGAGGAUCCUGCCUGGCCUCCAGAGGAAUGAGGUCAGUGAUACCCCCGUUCCCCCCGGAGGUCCAUAUUGUUGCGGAUAGUUCCGAGUUCUGGCCGCGAUUCCGGCGGCUUGAUUCCAGACGCUCGGAGAGAUCACGCUGGUUGUUGCUUCCUGACAUCGUGUUUGCUGUAGGUAGACUUAGUAGCUGUUUGGGAGAGUUUCUGGAAACUUUUUGCUCAGUUUCCCACAGACGGCGCCAGUGUUGAGGUUUAUUCCUUCAACCCUUGGACCCAACACGUAAGCCCAAAGAUUUCGAGUGGAGUGUUUGGAUAUCUAGCCCAACAACUUUCAGAUGGAUCAGGAAAACAAGAGAAAUAGCAGGCAAUGUAAAUAGGUAUUAUUAACUUCAUAAUAACUCCCCUAAGUACAAUCUACUUGCUAAAAAGGCACGUCGGCCGUUCGUCUUACAAGGCACUCAGAAAUGCUGCAAGUAAGAAUGCUGAAGCUAGUAUGCUAAGAAUAGAAAGUUGCCAACCCUUUACAAUGAAAUAAAUGCUUCUAUUUAUACCCGCCAAUGGGCAGGUGGCUGUACUGACGUGGCAGCCUGUGGACCGCUGGUAUCCCAACUACCAAAUCUUUAGCAUUAAAUGCACUUCCCGCCAGAAUCUAGGUUUCCCGCCGGAUCAGUGGGGACGUUCGUCCACCCGGGAAGUGAGUUGGAUUGCUCCAAGUGACCCUUGAGGGAUAUUGGCUGUUCGUCUCCUGGCCUUGAUAGAUACUCACCAUGUGCACUGGGUUUUCUCCGAUGACUACAGGUUUGCUCUGGGGACGUUCGUCGCCAUCCCUGGUGGCCCGUGGCUCUGCUCCUUGUCCCUGCAUAGAUGUUCGUCGGAAUGAGCUGCUGGGCCUGAGUCCUCCAACACCAGACGUUCGUCCAUCCUUAAAGAACAUGGGCCUGUGGGCUGGCCUAGUUUCUAGCUGGACGCUCGUCUGGCAAAAUGGGUUAGUGGGCCGGACCUCGGCUUGGGCCCUUAACCCAACACCUUUCAAUUAAAUCAACAAGUCAUUUAAGAUUGGGAUUAUAAUGCAAUUAGGAAUAACAUCAUAACUAUUCCUAAUUUAUAUGUUGUAUAACGUGACUUACAGAUUUAUCACCAACAAUUUCCAUUUUAUAUAAACUUAUUUACAUGAAACAUUUUCUUUUUGUAUCAAUAAAUAAUAUCACAUAUAUUUAUAAGUUAAUCACAUGUCUUUAAAACAUUCAUAAUACUAGUAUAACAUUUUUUAUAAGUUAAUCACAUUUACACCAAAUAUAAACUUUUAUAUUUUUUCAAUCAAGUAACUAAUUUAUUCAUCAAAUGAUAGCAAGGAAACAAGUGAAUGAAUAGUCUAAGGCUACUGUUGAGGUUUAUUCCUUCAACCCGUGGACCCAACACGUAAGCCCAAAGGUUUCGAGUGGAGUGAGUGUAUGAAUGUCUAGCCCAACAACUAUCAGAUGGAUCAGGAGACAAAAGUAAUAGCAGGCAAUGUAAAUAGGUAUUAUUAACUUCGUAAUAACUCCCCUAAAUACAACCUACUUGCUAAAAGGGCACGUCGGCCGUUCGUCUUACAAGGCAGUUAAAAAUGCUCAAGUAAGAAUGCUGGAGCUAGUAUGCUAAGAAUAGUAAGUUGCCAACCCUUUACAAUGAAAUAAAUGCUUCUAUUUAUACCCGCCAAUGGGCAGGUGGCUGUACUGACGUGGCAGCCUGUGGACCGCUGGUGUCCCAACUACCAAAUCUUUAGCAUUAAAUGCACUUCCCGCCAGAAUCUAGGUUUCCCGCCGGAUCAGUGGGGACGUUCGUCCACCCGGGAAGUGAGUUGGAUUGCUCCAAGUGACCCUUGAGGGAUAUUGGCUGUUCGUCUCCUGGCCUUGCUAGAUACUCACCAUGUGCACUGGGUUUUCUCCGAUGACUACAGGCUUGCUCUGGGGACGUUCGUCGCCAUCCCUGGUGGCCCGUGGCUCUGCUCCUUGUCCCUGCAUAGACGUUCAUCGGAAUGAGCUGCUGGGCCUGAGUCCUCCAACACCAGACGUUCGUCCAUUCUUAAAGAACAUGGGCCUGUGGGCUGGCCUAGUUUCUAGCUGGACGCUCGUCUGGCAAAAUGGGUUAGUGGGCCGGACCUCGGCUUGGGCCCUUAACCCAACACAAGUCCCCCACUUCUGAUGUUCUGAGCAUGCGCAGGACAUAAGGAAGUAUGAACCUCCCCGAAGUAGACGUCCGUAUCUUGGUACUUGUGUUCAUUGCAUCUUGGUGGAAACGUACGCUCGUGGCCAUGGUGCUUGACAGCUGUUGACGGUUCAGGAAACGAGGUGACGGCUGAUGUUGCGGCGGCGCAUUUUCCCGAGGAAGUGUCAUCAUUACGUUCCCAUCCCACGCACAGCGCGUGGGCCGGAAUACGCUCCUUGCCACGUGUCAGCCCCUCGUUGGUUUCUCCAUCGGUGUUUCCCCUAUAAAUGCUGGGUUUGCCCUCUGGAUUAGGGUUCCCAAUUUAUGCUCUCUUGCUCUCGAUUUUCCGCAGCUCUUCAAGUUUCCUGAAUUCGGCCAACCAUACCUUUGUAAGGUAAUUUCCCCCCUCUGCUUCUUUCCUUUACUCUGAUUUCUAGCCGGAAUGACUUCGAUGGAGAUUUCCUCAAGUUCUGAUUCCGGUUCGUCGGGUUCCUCCUCGGGCUCCUCUUCUGAAAAUGCUAAUGCACGCUCCCUGGGAAAAACUAGUGUUUCCGGAACCUCUGGUUCGGCCACGACGGUGGGGACCAUCCGGGCUGAUGGCGAGCCGGAUGAUGUGUCUCAAGAUAGUGGGAGCGACGCCAGGGGUGGGGAUGCCGAUGAGGCAGUGGACGUUAUUGAUGCGGUCCCCCUGAAUGAGCGUCCUGCUGAUUAUGAUUCUGGAGAGGAAGCCGAAUCCGGUUCUGAUAUGGAGGUGUAUGAUCUGGGCAUCCCCACGGAUAUGGAGCGUCACAUCUGCCCGAUUAGGAGCGCCCUUGACCACGACCAAGUCCUCUCCCGUGUGGCCCUCAAUAAAAUCCGCACCUUCCUUCCUCCGCCGUUCGUCUGGAGUGUGAGAGGCGCUGAGCAUGUGAUGAGGAGACGUCCGGGGAUGAUCAUGCUCCACCUGGAUUCCGUUGAAGCCGGGCUGCGGUUUCCACUUCAUGCGUUUUAUGUGGAGUUCUUCCACUGCUUCCAGGUGGCUCCGGCGCAAUUCAUGCCAAAUUCUUACAGAUUCAUAUCGGCCUUCUUGGUGCGCUGCAAACUUGCGGGGGUCGAUGCCACUUUGGAGCUCUUCCAUUAUUUCUACCGCGUCACUCCUCAGAAUGCCGACGGGUAUCUGAGCGUGGCCGCACGUCCUGGGAGGCGGCUGUUCAAGAACUACCCCUCGUCCAUCCACGACUGGAAGAACCGCUUCUUCUUCCUUCGAUACGACGGGCCUCCUCUCCCUCUCCGGUGGAAUGGGUAUCCCCCAAAGAUUGAGUCACCGGAGCCGACCGACGAUCUGCUUUUGGAUGCGGAGAAGGUGUUGGAGGGUGGCGUCCGUCCCAUAGCCGGAUUUCUGACCUUCGAGGCACUCUCUGGGGCAGGCAUAGGUACCGCCCGUGUUCCUGGACUUUUUCUACCCUUCGACGCUCGUCUCGGGGCCCGGGCGGUCCUGUCCUUCGAGGUGAGUGUCUUAUUCUACUUCCCGCUCGGCUUCUAAUCCUUGUUGUUUCUUGCAGGUUCGCCGCCCGAUAGAGACCAAAUGAAUCACGCCGAGUGUCUGAAGACCAGGAAAGCCAAGGCGGCCGCGGCUAAAGCUGCGAUGGCGAAAGCCAAAAACGCCCCCGCCUCAGAGUCCAACUCCUCGGCCUCUGAUGCUGCCAGGCGAACCGCCGAGGGUGAGCAACAUUUAAUCGCCACCAUGCUGGCCCAGGGUUCCGGGGCCCCUGCUCUCGAAGCCGCCCUUCCGCCGCCGGUCGUCCCCACGAAGACGGCUCCUCAGAAGGGGACAGAGAAGGUCCCUGAGAAGAAACAGAAGCGGGGCCGCGAGGCAGGCUCCACUGGCCCCCUGCUUGAAGAUGCCGGGUCCCUGCCUUUGAGCCGCCCGGCGGAAGAACUUUGGAGGGAGAUGGCCCUCAAGGCCGGUCUCGAGCUGCCCCGCCGUUCGUCGUCCGAGGCGACAAGCGCUGCGCUGGCAGCCGCUCUUCAGGUAAUUCCUCCUUGCUAGAUCUGAGCAUAUAUAUACUUUUUCCCUGACGUUCAUCCUUUGAUCCUUAUUUUUUUUUUCUUCUGUCAUCCAGUCUGGGCUCCUUGUCCUUCAAGCUGAAGCUGCCCGGGAGGCCGAUCUGAUGGAGGCCAAGGCUAAAGCCGAUGCGGCCAUUGCUGCGGCUCGGGAGGCCGCCCGUCGAGCUGAGGCGGAGGCUGCAGCCAAGGGGAGGGAGAUUGCAGCCCUGCAGGCUGAAUCCCGCAGCCAGUUGGCCGGCCUUGAAAGAGCCGGUUUCAAGCUUGUUCCGGUGCUCCCUGCCGCCAAGGACACCACUCCGGAGUGGUUGGUCGACACCUCCGGCUACAGGAACACUGGGGAGUUCAUGGACUCUGCCAAAGACUAUUGUGCCGGAGUCUUCGCCGACUUGUUUGCCGCGGCUCUGGAGAAGAUACCGCCCCGCCAGCGUCUGGCCCGCGGCGUCCGGCUACUUGAGGGUUCUCCUCUGUCCCGCAAGUUCCUGUACGAGGUCGGCGACAGCACCUUCUCAGCCGGGUAUAACGAAGGGGUUAAGGCCACCCUCCCCAUCUUUUCGAGGCUGCAAGGGGCCGACUUCGAGCUGGCAGCGCAUACAGACGACGAUCUGCUGCUCCAGGCUUUAGGGAAGCUAGCGAGGGACCAACGGCGGGCGGAAGCAAAGGCCAGAGGGGAGGUUCCGGAACCCCCCACCCCUGAGCCCGAGGCCGAGGAGGAAGAGCAGACUCCGGGAGGCAGCCGGCCUGAAUCCCCUUUCUUUGUGUAAUGUAAACUGUAUUUUUCCAUUCUAACUUCUGUAAUAUCCGGCCGUUAGAGCCGAGGAAUAUACAUCCUUUUGCCCAUAAUUGUUCCAUGUUCAUGAUCUCUGCUUGUUACCUUUCUUCCUUUUGUCCUUUGUUGUAUGGAAACUCCCUCUUUGCUCUGGGGACAUUCUCUGUCGCCUAGUCUGCGUGGACGUUCAUCUCUGUUCCCCACUUGGCUUGGGGGCAGGGGCGUCCCUCUGCCAAAACCCUGUACACAUUUAGUGCGUGGCGCCAGUGUUAAGGUCCGUCUCCGGACGGCGACACCCGGCGCCGAUACUGGCUGCCCCUCCUGCAACCUCAUUCUGAUGGCAAGACGACGCUCGUCGGGGGUUGACCAAACAGCACGCUUUGCAAGUGUGGUCAUACGCACAUCGGAGAUUGCCUCAAUGCUUGCUAACGACGUUCUUCUAUCGUCGCGCGGCAUGAACGCUAAAGCCCCGCGCAAGGGUGUCCGCCUGUCCUGCGUUUUCAUCUGGCACGAAGUGUGGAAAGGCGACGUUCGUCCUCCGUGCACCCUUAAUGGACGUGAUUUUCACUUCACCCUUUUUGUGCCCAUCGUCUGUAGUAUAAGGAAUCCUUCCGGCGUCUCGACGCAUCUUUACCGCCCACGCGGUAUCUUGACAGUGGGAAGACGUUCGUCGGUAAUUGCCUUGUCAGUACGCGUUUUGAGUAUGGACAUAUGGGCGUAUUUCCCUGGAACAGCGCUUGGUGACGACGUUCGUCCACAUUUGCGUGACAUGAAAAACUGGUGUACUGCAAGAGGGACGUCGCCAGUUGGUGCGUGUGCCCUCAUCAGCCGCCGACGCUAGGGUCAGCCGGGGAGUUAAGGAAGCAAGGGAAGGCGAAUGUCUUCAAAUUCCUCCGAGCCGGUGAGCCCUCCUCAAGGGACGUUCGUGGUACGGACCCGGAUGUCCUUGUGUUGGUUAUGCGGCGACAAAAUCGAGACGCCUUAAAUACCGUGGUAGGUACCGGUACCCAGGCGCCACGUGUCCUGCUUCGGUUGGGGCAAUUCCGCGGUGUUGCCUAUAAAUACUCAGGAUCCAAGUGAUCCACUCACAUUUCUCCUUACGCUGCACAAUUGCCUUCUCUCUCUAGACUUCUCUUUGAUCGUAUCGGAAAUCUCGAACCCCAAGGUACCGUUCGUUGUCAUGUCUUCCGAAAGUCGCUUUGAUGAUGGGUGUUCUUCCGGUGAUGACCUGGAGUAUUAUGAGCGGGGAAUGCCACCCCGGCCUCCCCGUUAUAGCCUUAACUUCUCAUGCGUCCGGCGUCAAGUUCAACGCCUGACGAACGCUGACAAGCGACUGAUCAGCCAAUGGUUUUAUCCCCCAAGGACCUACGACGAUCGGCGUCUACGAAACCCCAUGCGCCACCUGCCCGGCUAUGUGGUGGUCCACCUAGAUUCGGUGAUAGCCGGGCUGAACUUCCCCCUGCACAGCUUCCACUUGGAACUUUUCAGGGCCCUUGAGAUUGUUCCUGCGCAGCUCGUCCCCGCCGCUUAUCGGAUAAUCGCUGGCUUCAUCAUUAGAUGCCACAGCGUCGGUGUGACCCCCACCGUGGACCUGCUGCACCACUUCUUUCGUCUGUCCACCUUCGGACGUACAGGGUAUUUGACCCUGACUGCCCGUCCGUCCAUGGUUCUGUUCUCGAACAACGCUGGGAACCCAGACGGUUGGGAAGAGCGCUUCUUCCUGGCCGGAGUAGGCUCACCGAUGCCAUUCUCUGAUCGGUGGAAUGCCUACCCUGUGAAGACGAUCCCGCCGCCCAUGACGGACGAGGAGCUUGGAUAUGCCAAGCGCAUAGCCGGACUUGGCAUCCAGAACCUCCGGUUGCUGGUGGCCGAGCCCUUCAAAGCUCAGGCUGGAUUAGGUGCGUCCGUUUGUACUUGUAUUGCUUUAACCUCUCUUCGCUGUUAUGGUUCUGAACGUCUUGAUUCCCUCUAUGCAGGAGUUUUUCCACCCACGUCCAUCAUGCGCCGAGAUAAUACCGCUCCGUCUGCCGCCGGUCGUGGGCACAAGGGGCAUGACAAGCCCGGGAAGCCGCUCGUCCCCAAGGUUGAAACUCGGGUGACCAGGGCCCGGACUGAGGAUGAUUUGGGCGCCGGCGUCUCCAAGAGGCCGCGCGUCGAGGGUACAGCCUCCAAGGCCAUCAUAGUAGCCGACGACUCUGAUGGUGAGCCCGGGAGCCCCCUUAAGCGGAAGCCUGCCUCUCGGGGCAAGUCCCGUCCUUCUCCCCCACGAACUUCUGAUGUUCGUCGUCUCCGGGAUGAUGAUGCCCAGGUCGCUAAGGGUUCUGACGAUGCUCGUCCUCCUUCGCCCCCAAAAGCCAAUGGGUCCUCCCUUGGUUUGAUUGAGUUCUCCGGGGUUGGUCCACGCAAGGAGUCAAUUAUGCUCUUUGGUCAAACAGCAUCCUCUAUAUGGUGCGGCCUGAAUCUCAAGGUCCCCCAGGACUUCGCUGCUCAGGAGGCACCCGAAGACCUUCUGGAGUGUGGUCAGAGCACUUUGGACAAAGCCGGGCUCUACUUCCACAGGGCCCGGAUGGCCUUCGAGCACCAAGGCAGGGAAAUGGCCAGGGUCCGGGCCGAAAGCGACGCCCUUCUGAGGAAUGCAAAAGGCAGGGCCGGCACUCUUCAAGAGAAAGCCGAUGCCUACGAUAAGCUCGUCCAGGAGAAUGCCUCUCAGAAGGAGCUCCUCAAGAAGCAGGAGGCCGAGCUCGUGGAUCUUCGCAGCCGGAUGUGGGCCGUGGAGCAGGCCAAGGUGGAACUCCGCCAGACGGGCGUGGACAAUCAUGUCCCUAUUUAUGAGGCCGAUGUUGCCAAGAUCAAGGAGUCUGGUUCCAUUGCCUUUCAGAAAUCCAAGGCUUAUACUGGCGCCAUCCACACCAUGGCUAUGAAGUUCCUCCCGCGGCUCGUUGGCGAGUUCCUGGCCACCUGCCCGGAUGCCUACCAGGAUGGGGUUAAAUUGCUCCAGGCCACCCCCACCGGACGUCGUUUCCUUGACGAUCUCGCCGAUGACACCUACCGCAAAGGUAUGGUUGGGCUAGUAGCGGAGAAUCUCCCGACGUUCGAGCGUCACUUUGGGGCUCCCUUCGAUCCGGAGGCGGCUGGUUUUGACGUCUUGAUGGCAGACGCUCAUGCAGGGGCCCUUGAGCUGCUGAAGGAGCAAGAGGAAGCCGCUAAAAGUGACAAGUCCAAGCAGGCCCCUUCCCAAGUUCCAGCUCCGGACGCCGAUCGGCUGUGAUUCUCCGUUCAUUAUCUUGUACUUGUACAAUUUUUCAUUUUUUGUAUUGUACCCUCAUACAUUGUAAUUUUCCGGCCAAUAGUGCCGAGGAAUAAAAAUCAUUCUUUGCUCCAUGCUCGUCUGGCAUUUUUUUUUUUUUUUUUUUUUUUUUGGAGUCUUUUAGUCUUCGUUCGUCCCUGGUCCUUGGUCCUACCGGCGUCCCUACCUCGAGGAGACGUUCGGUAUCCGCAGACAUCGCAAGGAAGAACAGGUUUAUCUACAUCGAGAUUCCCCCCUUUUUUCGUUCGUCCGUGGUCCUUUUAGCCUUACCGGCGUCUCUUGCUUCGAAGAGGACGUUCGGUACCUAAGGAACUCGCAGGGACGAACAGGUUUACCCUCACGGGUUCCCGUCUUCGUUAUCCCACGUCCAUCGAUCCAUGGUCAUUUGUGGGAUAAGCAGGUUUAUCUUGGCAGGCUCCCUUGGUUCGUCUAGCCCCCUCCACGUCUCUACUAAUCUCUACAUCGAGAGGUGUUCGCCUUCGGCGGUGGGGGAAGAUCUGGCACACCCGGGCAAGAUUCCCUUCCGUGUAGGAGCUUCUCUCCUCUUCUCCCCAUCUCUUUUCUUUUUUUUUUUUUUUUUUUUUUGUUUUGUUUUUUUUUUUUUUUUUUUUUUUUUUUAAGGGAGGUAAUCUUCGUUCGUCCUUGGUCCUUGGUCCUACCGGCGUCCCUACUUGAGGGGACGUUCGGCAUCCGCAGACAUCACAAGGAGGAACAGGUGUAUCUGCAUCGAGAUUCCCUGUGCUUCGUUCGUCCUUGGUCCUUGGUCCUACCGGCGUCCCUACUUCGAGGAGACGUUCGGUAUCCGCAGACAUCACAAGGAGGAACAGGUGUAUCUGCAUCGAGAUUCCCUUCUUUAGCCGUCGUUGGCAAGAAACAGAAGUGAUGUAAAAAACAGGGGGCCUUUAUCAUUGACGACGUCCGGUCAUUUUACAUGGGAGUGGAAAUACAACAAGGACAUCAGCCUCUAACUAUUGAUAGAACUUCUUCAGGUGUUCUACGUUCCACAUCCCGGCAUGGUCCCCCUCCAGGGUGUGGAGGAGGAACGUCCCCUGGUUAUAUCUUCUGAUGACCCGGUAAGGCCCUUCCCAGUUCCUCGCCAUCUUGCCGCCCUCGAGCGGCUUGCUCUUCUCUCUUUUCCUGAGUACGAGGUCCCCGGCCUCUAUUUCGCGGAAUUUCACGGCUUUGUUGAAGUAUCUCUGGGUGGCCCGGUGAUAUUCUUCCAUGCGACGAGCCGCUAGGUCCCUCCGUUCCUCAAUGAAAUCGAGCUCCGCUCGUAGGUUGGUCUCGUUGUCCUCCGGCUGGAAGUGCUUGGUGCGGUGUGUAGGUACCAAUACUUCCGUCGGUACCUUAGCUUGGAACCCGUAAGCUAAGGCGAAAGGGGUCUCCCCAGUCGCCGUUCUGGGCGUUGUCCUAUAUGUCCACAAGACAUAAUUCAGCUGUUCCGGCCAGGUGGAGGCGUAGUCUUCAAACUUCUUUUUGAUUCCGUCCAUGAUGGUCCGGUUCAUGUUCUCCACUUGGCCGUUGGCUUGCGGGUACGCCACCGAGGCCUUAGAGUGCCUGAUGCCCCACUUUGCCAAAUAUGCCUCGAAGCCUCUGCCGACGAACUGCCGGCCGUUGUCAGUGAUGAUCUGCUCUGGGAUCCCGAAACGGCAGAUGAUGCUCUGCCAGACGAACUUCUGGCAUUGGAACUCAGUAAUGGAGGCCAAUGGUUCGGCCUCGACCCACUUCGUGAAAUAAUCAACUGCCACGAUGACGAACUUCCUUCCUCCAGCAGCCGUGGGCAGAGGACCCAGCAGGUCUAUGCCCCACCUAGCAAAAGGUAGUGCGAUGGUCAUCGGGGUAUAGAAACUCGCUGGGCGGCCAGGGACAGGUGCAUACUGCUGGCAUACUGCACACUUUCGGGUGUGAUUGAAGCAAUCUUGCUGUAUGGUCGGCCAGUAAUAACCUUGCAGGAUGAUUUUCCUGGCCAAGGUCCGGGGGGCCCUGGUGGCUGGAGCAGAUCCCUUCAUGUAUUUCCUCGAUUACCGCCGCUGCCAGGCUCGGCGGGAGGCAUCUGAGGUAGGGUCCGCCGAACGUCUUCUUGUAGAGCUGUCCGUCUAUAAGUUCAAAGUUAGGGGCACGCCUCUUUAUCCAUGCGGCUCUUCCUGUACUACCAUCACCUUCGGGCUCAGGGAGUGUUCCAUCUCUGAGAUAAUCUGCUAUCUCCUUUGCCCAGUUAGGUUCGGCAACGGAGAUAACCUCCACCUGGAUGACGUCCGUCGCCGGUGUUAGGAACACCUCCUGCCUAACGAAGCCUCUGAUGUGCCGGGGGAUGCUUGAUGCCGGAUCAUCGGUUGGGGGGUUGCUCAGUUUCGACAGUAUGUCCGCCUCUGCAUUCUCCACCCGCGAUACCUGCUCAAGCACCACCUGCUCAAAUUGUGCGGUCUGUUCCUCCGCCAGCUCUUUGUAGACUUUCAUUCUCUCUUCCCUGGUUUCUGCCGUGCCGUUCAUCUGGGUUACCACCAGCUGGCUGUCCAUUCUCACCUUCAGACGAGCCGCUCCGAGGGCCUUCGCGCAUUUCAGUCCUGCGAUAAGCGCCUCGUAUUCAGCCUCGUUGUUGGUGACCCUGAACUCGAAUUUCAUAGAGUAGUAGGCCUUGAAACCUUCGGGGGAAGUGAUCACCGCUCCCCCGCCACAGCCCCGCGCACUCGAGGCCCCAUCGGUGUACAUCUCCCACCAAUUAUCGAAGUUGUUGCUGUCAUGGGUUUCGUCCUCGGUGCGCGCGGUGCAUUCUGCAAUGAAGUCCGCCAGUGCCUGUCCCUUGAUCGUCGGCCUUGGUUUGAAGUCUACGUCAUACUGGCCGAUCAUCAGGGACCACUUGGUUAUCCUCCCGCUCGCCAUUGGAUUCCUGAGGAUGGUGGCGAGGGGUUGCGUUGUGUAGACGGUCACCGGGUGUGCUUGGAAAUACGGCGCCAGGCGCUUGAUGGAUGCAAUCAAGGCAAGGAUCGUCUUUUCCAUCAGUGUGUAUCUCGUUUCGGGGCCGUUCAGCGCCUUACUCACAAAGUAUAUCGGCCGCUGAACGCCUUCAGAUUCCUUCAAUAGCACGGCACUUACAGCCAGGUCGGCCACUGCCAGAUACAUGUACAAUCUCUCCCCGGGAUCCGCUUUGGUGAGGAUGAGCGGGGAGGAGAGAUACACCUUGAAAUCUUCGAAGGCAGCCUGACACUCCGGGGUCCAUUCAAAGGGAUUGGCCUUCUUCAUGAUCUGGAAAAAGGGAAUCGCCUUAUCGGCCAGUUUGGACAAGAACCUGCUCAGGGCCGCCAGACGCCCGGUGAGUCGCUGCACAUCCUUUAGGCUCUUCGGGGCCUCCAUGUCCAUAAUUGCCUUCACUUUCUCCGGGUUAGGCUCGAUCCCCCGCUCGCUCAUCAUGUAGCCGAGGAACUUGCCACCCCGGACGGCGAAGGCACAUUUCUUCGGAUUGAGCCUCAUGCUGGCCCUCUCCAUGAUGCCGAAGACCCUCUCCAUGUCCUGGACAUGGUCCUCCUUUCUCUUGCUCUUGAUCAGGAUGUCAUCCACGUAAGCUUCCAUUGUCUUCCCAAGUACGUCUUUGAACAACAUCCCAAUCAUCCUUUGAAAAGUAGCCAUGGCGUUCCUCAGGCCGAACGGCAUGACGAUGUAGCAAUACACGCCGUCCGCCGUGACGAACGCCGUUUUCUCGGCAUCAUCGGGGUGCAUGAACACCUGAUGGUAGCCCCUGAAUGCGUCCAUGAAACUGAGCAGCUCACAGCCUGCCGUUUCAUCCACCAGCAAGUCGAUCCUCGGAACGGGGUAAGGAUCCAUCGGACAAGCUUUGUUUAGGUCCGAAUAAUCGACGCACAUCCGCCAAGUGUCGCCCUUCGGGGCUAGUACCACGUUGGCCAGCCACUCCACGUGGAUGACCGGCCGGAUGUGUUUAAUGCUGAGGAGAGUUGCCGUCUCCUUCCUGAUGAAAUCGCGUCGGUCGGCCGCCAUGUAUCUUUUCUUUUGCUGUACAGGCUUGGCGUCCGGCCGCACGGCGAGUCUGUGGCAUAUGAGGUUGGGGUCGAUGCCCGGCAUGUCCUCCGGUCCUCUGGCGAACAAGACUCGGAAUCUCCGCAGGACAGCUAUGACCCCCGCCCUGAUCUCCGGCUCUAGAUCUGCACCGAUGGACACCUUCCUGUCCGUCGGGUCGUCGAGCUCGAUUUCCUCCAGCAGAGUUGCUGGUUCCAGAUGAGCAUCCAAGUCGGCCUGUUUGGCCCUCUCAGAGAUGCUGUUGACCCGAGCCUCCCGCUCGUUGAGCUUCUCCAUCGCCUUUGUGUAGCAGGCCCUAGCCAUAUGCGGGUCCGUACGUGCCACUCCCACUCCAGUGUCGGUGGGGAAUUUGAUGCAUGAGUGCCGUACGGAGCAUAUGGCCUCCAAGUCUUCCAAGCCGGGUCGGCCCAAAAUGGCGUUGUGGGCGCAUUUUAGGCGGACCACGACGAACGUCAUGCUGAUUCGGGCCGUAUGAGGACCGUCGCCGAUUUCUACUGGCAAGGCGAUGGUGCCCUCGGCGUCGAUGCAAUCCCCGGUGAAGCCGGACAGCGGGGUGCGUAGGGGAUGCAGCAUGUCCUUCCUGAGCUUCAUCCCUUCGAAAGCCUCCCAGUAGAGGACGUUCACACUGCUCCCGGUGUCAAUAAGGACGCGCCGGACGAUGGCAUCGUUCACGUCCAUGCUGAUCACCAGCUCGUCCCUGUGCGGUGCUGGUGACAUUGGCAGAUCAGCGGGGCCGAAGGUAAUUGCCUCGAUCUUAUUGCGCUUGGUGGGGGGUGCUGAUACGGAACCCACAUACAGUGAUCUCUCAAAUUUUUUCCGUUCGGCGGGUGUAUCUCCUGUCUCAGCGCCCCCGAAGAUCACCUUGAUCUCCAACUUCUUCUUCUUGCCCUUUGGGCCGAGGGAUCCCUCCGGACGUUUAUCUGCACUCCGAUAAUCCACGUCCUGAGGUUCUGCCUCGCGCCGGUCGUCGCGGCGCCAUGUCUUGUGCCUUGGGGUCGGCUUCUGCUGACUGUUUUUGUUCAGCAGCUGGGUGAAUUCGCCCAAGUACCCCUGACGGAUCAGCUCGUCGAUCGCUUUCUUUAACUGGCUGCAGUUGUCCGUCAGGUGGCCGAUCCUCUGAUGGUACUCACAGUAGGCCGAUUGGUCAAGCCCCAUAUACUUCUUCAUAUCUUGAGGUUCCGUCAGGAGGCCCUUGUCCUUGAUGGCCUCGAAGAUCUGGCUCACUGGAUAUGCCAAUGGUAUAUAGCGGUCGUCCGGCCGCGUCUGGUUGUCUCCGGGGGGAGCCUUCCAUGGGAUAUCGCCCCGUCCAACCUCUUCUUUUUGUUUGGGGGUGAGGGCCCGGGUCCCGGUUUGGGUCCGAGCCUGUCCGCCAUCUUCCUAGGCUGGGUUGCGGGAACUCCGUCCCGCUGCCUGAUCUCCUCCUCAAUGGAGGCAUAUUUUUGUGCCCGAGCCAAAACCUCGGUGUAGCUGGUGCCGGGAUUCCUCCUCAGGUCCCGGUACAGAUCCCCUGUGGCCAGCGCACUGGUGAACAUGUUGGUGGCCAGACGUUCGUCCAGAUCGUCGACCUGCAGUACCUCGUCCCUCCACCUCACCAGGAACUUAGCCAGCGGUUCGUCCCGCCCUUGCUUGAUGUGGGCGAGUGCCGUGACAUCCUUCCUGGGGGUGGUGCUGGCAGCAAACUGUGCCAUGAACUGCCGGGAAAGCUGUUCGUAUGAAUCAAUGGUGCCUGGCCUCAACUGGCCGAACCAUUCCUGAGCUGGCCCCCUGAGGGUGCUGAAGAACAACCUGCAGAUGGCCUCGUCCGAUGCUCCCAGCAUGGACAGGUUCCCUUGGUAGCUUAUCAGAUGGGCCUUAGGAUCACCAGCCCCAUUAUACACCAAGUUCCCCGGGGGCCUGCAAUCCCGGGGAAUCUCGACGCUCAUCACCCGUGGAGUAAAAGGUGAUGUGAGAGAGAAGGAGGGUGUGGCCGAGCCGGCGUCCGCCCGCCUGUUCAUCUCGGCUAUCUGCCUCUCCAUGGCUUCCAGCCGUGCGUCCUGUGCGGCCCUUCCGGGGGACAUAGGGGGCGCGGCUUCGGGGGUGGCGUUCUGCUGAGCGGCCACAACAUCGUGCGGCCGCCUGAAGAUCUGCGCACCUCGCCGUUGGAAACGUCGUCCAACGGUGUUGACCCUUGGGGUCUCGUCUCCCCGCGGAAUCAGGCGAGGAACUGAUGGUGUGAGAGCCCUGGAUGCAGCGAUGCUAACCCUGGUCCGCCCUCCCGUUUCACGGGAGCCUGAACCCCCACCUAGACGCUCGUGGACGGAGGGCCGGUGGUCGCUGGAGCCUGUCGUAUCAUCGUACGACUGCAUGCGGCGUAUGGGAGAGAGGGGUGUUCGCUGGGUGCUUGCAGAGUACACCCGAUCUCGGGCCUCCCGUUCAUCUGCCAAGCGACGCAUGGUAUCUGCGAGUUCCCGCAUGAGGUGGGGAUCCUGCCUGGCCUCCAGGGGAAUGAGGUCAGUGAUGCCCCCGUUUCCUCCGGAGGUCCAUAUAGUAGCGGAUAGUUCCGAGUUCUGGCCGCGGUUCCGGCGGCUCGACUCCAGACGCUCGGAGAGAUCACGCUGGUUGUUGCUUCCUGACAUCGUAUUUGCUGUAGGUAGACUUAGCAGCUGUUUUGGGAGAGCUUCUGGAAACUUUUUGCUCAGUUUCCCACAGACGGCGCCAGUGUUGAGGUUUAUUCCUUCAACCCGUGGACCCAACACGUAAGCCCAAAGGUUUCGAGUGGAGUGAGUGUAUGAAUGUCUAGCCCAACAACUAUCAGAUGGAUUAGGAGACAAAAGUAAUAGCAGGCAAUGUAAAUAGGUAUUAUUAACUUCGUAAUAACUCCCCUAAAUACAACCUACUUGCUAAAAGGGCACGUCGGCCGUUCGUCUUACAAGGCAGUUAGAAAUGCUCAAGUAAGAAUGCUGGAGCUAGUAUGCUAAGAAUAGUAAGUUGCCAACCCUUUACAAUGAAAUAAAUGCUUCUAUUUAUACCCGCCAAUGGGCAGGUGGCUGUACUGACGUGGCAGCCUGUGGACCGCUGGUGUCCCAACUACCAAAUCUUUAGCAUUAAAUGCACUUCCCGCCAGAAUCUAGGUUUCCCGCCGGAUCAGUGGGGACGUUCGUCCACCCGGGAAGUGAGUUGGAUUGCUCCAAGUGACCCUUGAGGGAUAUUGGCUGUUCGUCUCCUGGCCUUGCUAGAUACUCACCAUGUGCACUGGGUUUUCUCCGAUGACUACAGGCUUGCUCUGGGGACGUUCGUCGCCAUCCCUGGUGGCCCGUGGCUCUGCUCCUUGUCCCUGCAUAGACGUUCGUCGGAAUGAGCUGCUGGGCCUGAGUCCUCCAACACCAGACGUUCGUCCAUUCUUAAAGAACAUGGGCCUGUGGGCUGGCCUAGUUUCUAGCUGGACGCUCGUCUGGCAAAAUGGGUUAGUGGGCCGGACCUCGGCUUGGGCCCUUAACCCAACAGCUACAAUGGGAUGAGACUUUGAACGGAAAAGAUUGAAUGAAUCCUUCUAAAUCGCUAACUCCGCAAUAAUGUAGUCUAGUCUAAUAGCAUUGUUGCGCUUGCUACUUCAAAUAAAAAAUACAAAGUAAAAAAAUACAAACAAAAUAUUCAGCUUCACCAGACACCGGAAAAGGGAGAAUUGAUUUGACCAGCAACCAUCAAAGGGAACCCAACCGAGCAGAAAUUGUUUGAAUCAUCGGUUUGACCUGCCACAAAAAGGAGACCCCGUUGAACACUUUCUUUUUCCUAGAGCGAGGCGGUGGUUCAGGUGGAGAACGAGUAAUUAUUGAAUCCUUAGAACAACAAUGUUGAAAAAAUGAAAAUGAAAACCCUCGGGCAUGAACAAUGAAAACCCACCAGAUCGAUUACACCGAUGAGAAAUCCACAACGAUUAGAGAGCGCUAUGAGAAAAACAUAUCACAAGCUCACAUGAAGCGGACAAAACUCUCGGGCGAAGAAGACAUCCGACCAAAACCUUCGAAAGUAGAAAUUAAAAAAUUAAGAGCGAAAGGCCGAAAACAUAGAAAAAUCUUUAAGGUGAUUGAAGAAGAAAAGGUUCGACGAUAAGAUCUCACAUAAGGUGGGAGAUGGCCGCCUAGGGUUUCCAUAUAUUAAAAUUUCUUAUACAUUGUUCCCACAUAAUUACAUCUUCUAUAACGGGACAUUUAAUUUACAACACAUGAUGUAUAUCAUGCAUUUUUGUACCAAAUGUUAUACAAAAUUUACUAAUGAUUCCUAACUUUCUACUUCAUGAGAAUACAUGCACACAGAGCACUGAUCUCAACAUUACAACAUAUAACAACGUCUCAGGAAUGAACUUGAAUCCCCUCCAUUGACAGGAGAGUUCCACUUGGGGAGAUAUAGAGAGGAUAAAAUUAAGGGAGGAUAAAAUUAAGGGUGAAGUAGGUUGGUGAGUAAAAUGGAGGAAAAGGUAAAGAUAGAUAGAAAGUAAAAAAGAAAUGGAGUGGAAAUGGAGAGAAAAAUUGAGAUGAACUGGAUCCAGAUGAAUUAUUAAUGACACUCUUCCGCAUUUACUGUAGUUGUACGGUAAGUGACAAAUUAUGUGUCGCUUCUAACCAAUUUCCCUUUUGUUUUCUCGAUGGGUGGCGGUGGAUUAUUUAGCUGGAUGUAGGCUCGGGGACAGGGGCGGAGCCAAGAGGGGUCAGGGUGGUCAGACGACCCCGCUGAAAGUUUGAGAGUAUAAAGCUCUGAAAUAUCUUCGAUUUGAUAUAUUAUGGCUCUCGUAACUCAUUACGAGUAAAAAAUUAUGACUUCUGGAAAAUCAGCACUAUCUAAAUGUAAAAUCAACAAAACUUGAUGCAUAAUACAGAUUAUUUUCCCAAAUUUUUAAAAUAGCGUAUCGAUGGAAUAUAAUUCCAGCGAAAAGAGCUUAAUCAAUAAAAUAUUCAUUGAUCGUGAGAAAGUAAUAAGAGUAUUAUUCAUCUCCAGAGAGACCCCUUUUACAAGAUAUGUACAUGAGUAUUUAUAGGCUUUGGGGGUUGAUAUUUUAGGAGAAAUCUAAUACAAUAAAUUCUAAUUAAUGAACUAUAUUCUUGCUUGAAAUAGAACUCAUUUUAUGCCUUGGACGUUAAGCAUUAGUUGUCUCCGUCUUGUUUCCAAACUCCAGACGAGUCCUGCCUGCUACGUAAACCUUAGGAAUAUCCCGGCCUCACUAGAACUCCGCCCAGGAUCGAGGCCUGCUUGCCUAGCCUUGAGGUUGGCUCCGGGCUCGAGGUCUGCUGUCCAGUCCGGCCUGGCUGUGGGUUCCUGUCGUGGGCCUGAUUCCCAAUUAGGCUCAGUGGCUUAUUAUCUUUGAUCCCGAUUGAUGGGCUGAUCCCGUUUAUAGGUUGAUCCCGUUUAUGCGUUGAUCCCGUUGAUGGGCUGAUCUCGUUGAUGGGCUGAUCUCGUUGAUGGGCUGAUCCCGUUGAUGGGCUUAUCCUGUUAAUUAGGCUAAUCCCGUAGAGGGCUGAUCCCGUUAUGGGCUGGAUUAUGUAUUUGGGCCAUGGUCAGAGUCCAUGAUACCAUCACGAGCCUCCCUACUCCUUAAAAUCAGCAGGGCUGGAUUUUAGAGGAGUAAUUUGAUUCCUUUCUCAUUCUUGAAAUUCUUCAUUCUUUGAGGCGGGCGUGGUGACAUUGAGAGAAGUGGAGUAGUGAUUGUCUCGUAAUAACUCCUCCAAGGGUCGAGGGGCGUCACCUUUUGUUCAUAUGGGGAGAUGCCUCGUUAAAAACCUAACUGGGAAAAAACCCAUUGGGAAAAAAUCCUAGCGAGGGAAAAAGAGUACACCGGAUGCCCCCCAAAAUGAAGCAAAAGGGUGGACCCAUCGACCGAUGUAUUUAGCUACAAUGACCGCCUGAUACUUUUGAUCUGUUCUGUCUGCGGCACCAUCUUCAUGCUAGCUUUGUUUGUUUCUCCGGUGUUGUUUACCUGAUCUGCCUGAUAUCCUUGGGCAUAUUUGAGGCUGUCCAGUCCUGAUUUAGGUUGGCUUCUUCCUUUGGGAAUUUCUGAUUUCUCUGGGAAACUGACCACUUGAACCUUGACCUAUAUGAUCCGGGAGCCCUGGGUUGACCUCGAGGUCUGACCCCGUUUGCUAGACCAACCAGUUUAUUUUCAAUCACUUUUUUCCUUAUUUAUUUAGGCCUUGAAUUUCCGGUCAAGGUUGCUUUCCUUAGGUUCUUAAUUUCUGAACCGGUGUCGGAGAGCUUUACCAAUUUUAACCCUAAGUUCUUAUUUUCUGAACCGAAAUAGGGUGGGUUCUUCACCUUAGGUCAGUUAAGCCUUGUGAUGAGCCUCUUAAAUUGGCGAGGUCUGGUGGUCUCUCCGGUGCAAAGUUAACUCCCUUAGUUCAUCCUUUAGCCUUUGUAAAUCAGUCUUGGCCUUGAGAAAGGCCAUCUUGUCCUGUUUGAGGAAAUUUGAUUUUGUUUAUAAGGCUGUCUGACCUUGAAAAAGGUCUUUUAUCCCCGCUCUCGUCUUAUGAUAAGACUAAGUUGAGCUUCUAGAAUUUGGAUGAGUUUGGAAUUUGUACUUUGGCUUUUGCGAGUACCAAUUUGGCUGGUUAAGAAACCUUCGCAAGUGUUUUAAAAGGACUUUUGUGAAAGAAAACAAACUGUAUUAGAAUGAAACGGAACUUCAUACCUACUGGUAGAAUUUCAUCAAGUGUUCGGAAUUCCACUGAUGUGAGUUUUCUCGCACUUAAAAAGAUCGUAAUAUAGUGGUGUAAGUACGAGUAUCGUCUCCACAGGGACGGACAAAAGGGAAUCAAGAAUUAAUUAAAUUCAGCGAUUAAAAAGAAAAGAAAAUAAAAGCGUCGUGCGAGAUUGGUUGGUUUGGAUUAAAAUUAAAACUAAUGCAGAUGAGCGAUUAAACUAGGGGGUUCUUUCUAAUUAAUGACGAAGGGAACAGGGAUUGAUUCCGGGGUAACCAGAUUUCUGGCAGAUCAGGCCUAAUUACAUGAAAUUAAUUUAAUUGAGCCUAGCUAAUCAUUACUAAGUUCUUACCGCUCUCGCGGCGUAGAGUACAAUAAUUUAGGGGACCAGGCUGAUCUCUCAUGCGACAGGAUCCUAAAUUAUUGCCAAGACGAGCGAGCUUACGGCCCCUUAAUCGCUACUAAUCUCUUAGCGAACGAUUAAGUGUGUGUGAAUGUGUCCUAGAACAAAUUAGAUCUCUCUUAAUUUAUUCUACAUGCAAUUGUAAUUCUCGUCGCGAUUCUAGGUUACAAAAGAUAUCAAUUAAAUUAUUCAAACACAAAUUAAAUGGCAUUCAUGCAAUUAAACCGAAAGGAAUCUAGCCAUACAUCAUGAUUAUCCCCUUCAUCAAUCCCAAAUCCCUAAUUAAAACUACUCACAAUUCAUAAUUGAAGAAUCAAUAGAAUUGGAAUAAAAAGAAUUAAUUGUCAUUAAUUAAAAAGGUGGAACUUACAAAGAAUCCCAAAAGAUUGAUGAACAAGGCUGAAAAACCCUCUAAAUUUCGUGCUAGGCACUCUCUCUAAGCUCCCCCUUGAAAACAUGGGUUUACAGGCUGUUUAAAUAGAAAAAUCGGGUGAAAUUUGAGCUGAAUUAGGAUUUUCGGAGCCAGACACGAUGCCAGGCACGAUCGUGCCUUAGAUCGUGCCUCCGGAGAAAAAACGCGCAUUUUAGGCAGGCACGAUCGUGCCUCCCUCCAGGCACGAUUGUGCCUGGCAGGCAGUAACUUCCCGGUGCUUUUCUCUUCAGGAACGAUCGUGUCUGAAUUUGAGGGCAAGAUCGUGCCUACUUAACUUCCGAAUUUGACAAAACUUCCUUCAUGAAGGUUGUAGAUAAUGAAGUCCUCUAUCCACCCCAAUUUUCCGAAUAUGAUUUGAAUCAUCCAAUGAAGAGAUAUGAUCAAAACGGUGAAAGGUGUCUUUCUGAAAUCGCAGCAGAGAUCAUCUGCCUUCAUCGUCUGUUUUCACCUUCUUCCUCUCAGAUUCUUGCAAAGGUGUCUUCAUAUGAUUUGUAGGACUUGAAGUGGGCUUUCCUAUGGAACUUGAAUCGUGUACAUUGGAUGUUUCUACAAAGAGAUAUGCUUGAACGAUUGACAGAAGGUCAUCCUGAUCGUCGUUUUCAAUCUUCAUUCAUCUUCUUUUGACCUCGUAGCCAAUCCUAGAGCUCUUUUGUCAUCAAAUCUUCAUCGUGAACCUCCCGGUGACCUCCAAAGCUCUCAAAUCACCCUUGAAUGCUUCUCAACUCAUCCUGAUUUCUUCUCAAGCGCCGGUGCCGAACUCUAAAUUCCUGAUUUUGACUACAAACAACACAAAACUCGAACCAACGCCCGGUAAACAUAACUUGAGCUAAAAUUGAGACUUGUAACACCUUAAAACUAGGAAAAUCAUCAAAAGCCGAUCUCAACACGCAUCAAAUACGUGUCAAAAUACGGACUUAUCAUCCACGCAUUGUUGAGCUCGUCCACCCAAGUUUUUCCCACUUAGUAAAGUAAUCAAUGGCGACUAUAACAAACUUCCGACCUCCUGAUCCUGGAGGGAACAGCUCGACGAGAUCUAUUCCCCACCUGGAGAAGGGAAUCGCAGUGUUGAUGGGAUGGUAAUUAAAGCGUAGCAGGCCUGCCAGGAUUUGUUUGGAACUUCUGGCGGGCCUCACACUUGAUGUGAGGAGUAAGUCCCUUCGUGCAAUUCCUUGAUCACUUGCUGAGCUUGUUUUGGCCUUAGGUAUUUGAGUAGCACGCCAUUGUAGCUUCUUUUGUAAAGUUUGUCAUUCUCAACGACAUAGUUCGGAGUCCAUCUUUUGAUUAGCCUUGCCUUCUCUUCGUUGGAAGGCAGUGUUCCAGCCUCCUUGUACUCCCUUAGUUCUUCCACCCCGGGUUUUUGAGCCUGUCCGAUAGGGAAGACCUCCAGAUCUCUCGUGACUUCGAUGCUAGGCUUGUCCAGCUCUUGUAUCCGAGCUAUGCGCAUGAAAUGUUCAGGUGCAUCUGUUGUCAAUUUGGAUAAAAUAUCUGCUUCAGUGUUUUGGGCUCGUGGAACACACAUCAAAUCUGACUCCUCGAACUAUGUAAUAAGUUUCAGGGCUGUAUUCCUGUAUUUCUGCAUUCGUUCUUCUUUGGCUCUGUAUUCCCCUCUAAGUUGUUUGAUUACCAACUUAGGGUCGCUUUUGACCCUCAGUUUCUGGAUCUUGAAGUGAAUUGCCAUCCUGAGGCCCGAUAGUAGGGCCUCGUACUCAGCUUCGUUAUUGGAUAGACUAAACUUUGUAUCUGAGGGCAUGAUAAGUCUUGAAGCCUUCAAGGGUGAUGAGGACCACCCUUCUCCGCAACCUUUGAACCUUGAUACUCGCUGAUUAGCAGGGACCACUUCACAAAUCUCACGGUCUUGGCCGUUCUGAAGUAAUAUGUCAGUUUCUUGCCCGCUACAUAUACUACAAGGGCGGUCUUCUCCAGGGCUGGAUAUUUGAGCUCAGCCCCGUGGAGGAUUUUGCUGAUGUGGUAGACCGGCCUCUGCGUGGUUUCCUCCUUGCGCACUAAUACGGAGCUGACUGCACUUUGAGUGACCCCUAAAUAGAGAAUGAGGGUUUUGCCAGCCUCAGGUUUCUAAGCAAUAGAUCUAAUUGUAGAUGUUUCUCGAGAUAUUCUCAUGCAGCUAGGCACUCUGGGGGUCCAUUGGAACCCAUUGCUCUUCUUCAGGACCUGGAAAAAUGGUAGGGACUUGUCUGCCGACCUGGAAAAGAAUCUCUCCAGGGCUGCUAGCCUUUCAGUCAGAAUCUGGACUUCUUUGACACUUCUGAGGGUUCCAUAUCCUGGAGUCCUGCACCGAUUUCAACCUGACGCUCAGGUCGGGACGGAUCAACUCUAGCCUCCUCGAGCUCUGAAGUAGGCUGGGCUUUGAAAUGUCCCUACUCAAACUUUGACAAGUCCUGCUCGAUGGCAUUCACCCUGACUUCAUUCUUUCCAUGAGCUUUGGAAGCUCUCACGUAGCAACUUAUAGCCCUUUGUUUUUUUAUCUCCUCUUACAAUACCUAUCCCGGAAGGCGUGUAAAAUUUGAUACACAAAUGAGCCUGGGAUAUGAUGGCUCCCAAAUCCUCCAACAGAGGCCUGCCUAAGAUGGCUCUGUGCACACUUGGUAACUGGACCACUAUGAAGUCUGCCUCGAUCGUUCUCAUGCAUGGUUCCGAUCCGAGCUGGAUCUUGAGGGUGAUGACCCUCUCUGGCUCAAUUGUGUCCCUGGUAAAACCUGACAGUGGGGUCUUGACGGGCUUAAGGGCUGCCUUUUGAAGGCCAAUCUCCUGGAAAGUCUUCAUGUACAAAAUGUUCAGCGAACUUCCAUUGUCUACAAGAACUCUAUGCACAAUAGUUUCAAGGACCUCCAUCUUGACCACCAGUGCAUCCCUAUGAAGUGGAGGGCACAAUGGUAAGUCGCCGUUGGUGAAGAUAAUGGAUUCCCACUUUUGCUUUUAUCAGCAGGAAAACGGUUGAUUUCUCCGAUGAAGAGCUGGUGAUUCCACCUUUUUCUUUCCACCGUGAUGUCUCUUCAUACAGGUCUGCUGCAGAUCUGACUAACAUGUGGGUGGUUCUGCCGGCCUGAAUCUUCCCCUUCUUCAUCAUCCUCAAACUGGGCUCCAACCUCUCUUUUCUUGGAAAUCGAGACCAGCUCGUCAUUUCCCCUGUUCCAGGUGUUCUUCUUUUAGGGAUCUUGAUUCUGUCGGAGUUUCUUUAUAAAUUGAUCUGAUUGUCCUUCGCGGGCGAGCUUUUCCACAUAAAUUUUUAGGAUGUAAUAUUCGUCGGUCUCAUGGGUAUCGCUCUUAUGAAUUUUACAGAACUUACCCAUGGAAGAUUGACCGUUGACGUCGUUACAUCCCUCGGGGAUUGUGAGUAAGCCCUGCUUCGCCGCGUAAUCCAGGACAGUGCUGACUGGGAAUUCAGGUUGGCCAGAUAAUGGUCCAUCUGGAACAGUUGAUUUGUUCUGGUCCCAGCCAAAGAUCUUCUCGUAUCCCAUCAAGACUCGGACUAUCUUUGCUUUUAAGUCGGUCUGGAGCCCUGCACCGAUUUUAACCCGACGUUCUGGCCAGGACGGAUCGACUCUGACCUCCUUUGUGCUCAUGACUCUUCUGAUGCCACUUAUGUUCGUCCGUUACGGAACUACGACCAUGUAAGCCCUAGGAAGAGUCCGAUUUCCAAGGGAUUUCCACUUAGCCUGGCGCCUGCUGUCCAGGUUGGCUUUGGUACGGUUGACCUCAUGAUGGACCCAGAUCCUCCUAUUUGGACCUUUGUGACUCGUUCUUGAGCCCUAGGGAGAGUCUGACCUCCAUGGGCUAACCAUUAGGCCUGCUACCUGAUGUCCAGGUCGGCUUAGGCGUGGCCAGCUGCCUCGCAGUGAAUUCAUAUCUCCCUGUUCAUGCUGUUAUGGCUUCCUUAUUAAUCCUUCGUCUGGUAGAUAACCGAGACAAGCUUGAGAGAUCAAUAUGAUAGUCCUCAUCCGGAUGUACUUAUGCAUUGAAAUAAAAUUGUGACAAUUUUUGGUGUUCGCUAUUAAACUUGAGCCUAGCUAAAUGGCAUCCAAUAUUCAAUCCAGAUUCUAUGCUUGGUAGAGUGUGGUGGCCCAUAUCUAGGACUCAAAUCGUUACUCAGGGUUCGUAGUUUGAAUCUGACAUUCGAAAUAACUAGCCCCCGAGGUCGGAAUAUGAUGCCUAAAUAAAAGAGCACACAUGACUCAUACAAAACACAAGAACGAAAGUAUGCAGUAUAUGACAUUUAGACCGCGAGCUUAUAAAUAACACUCGUCUAAUGUGAUCCGGUAGUGCGAAUGUUAGUUCUCUCUUUUUGUUUUUGCUUUCGAGUGUUAGUACUUAGUCGGGCGUAUUUGAGUGUUCAUAAGUCCGUUCUUCAAUGCACAGGCUGUGUAGUUUGAAUUUGAUAUUCGGGAUGACUAGCCCCCGAGAUCAAAGUGAUACUACAUCAAUUAUAUUUUUUUUAUCAUGAUUUUGAUAAUUUUUGUAAUGUCUUUUGACCAAAUUUGAUCUAGGAAUAUAAUCGUAACGUAUGAUAAUUAAAGCUAGAACUAGAAUACUUAGCUUUUGAUAUGGGUGAUCAUGUCUGGCCGUGGAUUAAUUGAAUGGAUUACAACCCAAUAAGCUACUCAUGAAAUCUCACACCACUUAGAAAAAGACUCAGCUGCUAUCAAAGGCUCGGGAGACAUGUGGAAUCCCGUCGCUGUCGUUCCAGGAGAGAUAGGAGCAAAUUCAUUCGGAUUCAAUGAUUUCCGGCAGCGUGUGCUUUAGCCUUAAGGCCUCCGACUAGGUUUCUUCACCUUCGGCUUGUUCACAGGAGCGUCACUUUUGGUCGGGCGAUGCUGCAGCAGAUUUUUGCUGCUACUGUGCGAGAUUGAUUUCUCCCACUCUAGACAUCUUCUCACCGAUCCAACCAUUCAGAUUGGAGUCCUAGAAGUCACGAACAUGCUGCAAAAAUUUCAGCCCGAUCCAACGGUGGACGAAGUCGUGGCGAUGAAAAACGUGUUGUAGCAGUAGGGUUCUACGAAUUUUGUUGGGUAUUUUUGUGAUGUGAUGAAUUUCGUAUGUUUUGGGAGGAUCUUAACUUGAUUGUUGAUCAAGCUCUCAACGAGAGCACCAUUGAUGGAAUAUAAUUCCAGCGAAAAGAGCUUAAUCAAUCAAAUAUUCAUUGAUCGUGAGAAAGUAAUAAGAGUAUUAUUCAUCUCCAGAGAGACCCCUUUUACAAGAUAUGUACAUGAGUAUUUAUAGGCUUUGG